GCACAGAAAAUGGCGGAAUGAUUUGUAAAUUCAGUUGAGCAUUGUUUCACGUUUUAUUGUUUUGAUCAUUAUACGCCAGAAAAGCCAUGGAUUCCGUUGCAGAGGACGAUAUCACCCUCCCGCUGGAUUUUGAUAGGAGGUAGUUUUCCAAUAAGCUUACAUUGUCUUUCGCUUCGUUUGAAAACUUGUUUUUCGUCAGUUGACCACCGUGUGGUCUCGCAUUGGGCUAUCAAAACUCUAAAUUGAUCUAUUAUUUAUAUUGCUACUGUUUUAUGAUCCUCAUUUGCGGUCUCCAUGAAUAUUAUUUUGAUUCUAGAGUUAUUAUUUUUUCAGCACGAAUCUUGCCAAGUUCAAGGCAGCUGUGGUGGCUGGUAUCGGAGGAGACAUGCUAGAAUCCUCUGCUGAAUUCUCCGAAGGAUUAUCUUCAAGACCAGCAACGACGGGUUAGGAUCACUUAUAAUACUUACCCCUUUUCUUUUAAAAAUGUGAACGUACUUAGUGUUUUGUUUUGUUUGUUACUGUAUGUUGUUUGAUAUGGUAAAGUAUUCUUUAGUUUGGCUUGGCUUUGACGACUGUAUCGGUCAUCACAAUUCACUGAUCACGCACUUAUGCAUGUGAAUAGUGAUAGGCUUUUAAAUACACAGGAAGGAAGUAAUGCAAAGAUUGGAUGACAAGGCCAACCUGCAUGUUUGCGUUUAAAUACAGAUUCGAUAGUUUUAAUGGGUAUUAUAAUGAUCAUGUGAAAGCUUAGAAAGUGUAGAACGGCAUAGUGCUUCUAUAGGAACAUUUAUUUACUCACGUAGCCUUAAAAGCAGCUGUUAUUAGUUACAAGCAACAGGUGCAACACCCGGAGCUUCAUAUUUUGAAGUGUCUAACAUGCCAAAUAGUUAGUGGGUCUUUUGAUGUGUAAGACAAAGUUAUUCCACAUGCAUCUUGUGUUUCUCGACAAUUAAUAAGCUUGAGGAUUAUAUUUAUUAUGUCAGUGAAAAGGGCAGGAGGACUUGGAAAAAGAAAAUACAAGUCUCCCAGCAGGUAGCCUGCAAGCAAACUCUCUGGGGUGCUCGCAGGCUACCUAACAGGCUCUGGUGAACCUAUGAUAUUCUGGUUACUACUCCAGGUACUCUUAUCUCCGAGCUGCGGGGGACUUAUGAGAGAAACUUUAAUUGAUAAAUAAGCUCGUUUUUCUCUUCUUCUCUUAGACAUAUCAUGUAAAAUUUCUAAAUAACAGCUUUCAAAUAAAUUUGAAAUUAAUCAGUUUUACACGAAAGCUACCCCUGUUUGAAGGGAUAAAAUAAAAAAUAUAGUGCCUGAAUUUGUUAUACAUUACUGUAUAUUGGUGGCGUGCUGAUCGUUGCUAAUUUUAUCAUUCCAAAACCAUACUAUUUGGCUGUCAGACAGCUGAAAAAGCCAUUACCAAUCAUUUCUUUAUGUGAUGAGAAAUAUUACGAUGUAUGGAGACUGAACAGCCUUAAAUAAUGCAGCUCAAACAAUGGGUUCAUAGGGGUUUUAAUGGCAAUUGAAGUAGCCAGCAGGUUUGAAUAGAGUACCCGACUGUAUCAACAAGGGGCUGUUAGUCCCCUUUUUCUAGGGGGGAGGGGAUCUGGGGGCAUGCUUCCCCAGAAAAUUUUGAAAUUUCAAAGUCCUAAAAUGCGAAUUUCAGAGUUCUGGGGACUAACUUGAGGAAAAAAGAGUUUGUUUUUUAUUCAAGAAAAUGUAGCUUUCAUUCAACUUUCGAUUUACUAGUUACACAAUAAAUUCCUACAAGCAGUGACCAAAUUACGAAAACUAAAUUACGUACUUUUGCUCGUACAGAAAUUCUGCGUAAAAGUGUGAAAAAUUGACUGAAAUAUAGCGUUCUCAUGACUAAAAUAUAACGCUAAACCAGUGAACCGUCAUGAAAGCACAUCAUAAUGAAGGUUUUUAUUCAGAUUUAAUGAUAUAUUUUUGAUUAAUAACGUUACUCAAACUAGUUGCUUCUUUUUUGCGGCAAAAAGUAGCCUACUUCUAUGAGCAAAGUAGCCGACAUGUUUCGUCGGCCGUCAGUGCUUAUUGAAACCCUUGGGUUCAUUGAAAAUCAACUUUCUUCCCAGGUUCCUCUUUUCAGCUGGGCAAAAUGAUGUGUGUGACAAUUCAAAUGCAUACAUUAUUGUUAACUGAUCCCUUCAAUCAAUGAAAUUGUUGGGACACCCUGUGUUGCAUUUUGGGGAGCACUUGAAAAAUGAGCUCCCUCUACCCACCUUUACCCCACUCAAGGAAUGGGAGAAGGAAAAUUUUGUACAUUGUGGAAAAAGACAAAAAGACAAGUUGUUUAAAUUAUUAUUGUUCAGAAAAAAUGUAUCUGUGUGUUUUCAUUUGGAUAUUUGGUCGGAGUUGUUUCAUGGUUAUCCUAAGCUCAGUGCCUUGACCACGCUUGGUAAUUGCCUACAGUGCUAGUCCUUCUGCUAGUUGGUAUUUUUGGCCGUGCACAAUGGUGAGGUACCAGGAACAAAACCCAAACUAACUUCUGAUUAAUAAUGCUAUCCAGAUUCUUCUUCCAAUCUGCUUUGCAUCCAAUUUUGAAUCGAAGGGAGAAUUUGCUAUUAUGAUCAUGAAUUACUUAUGGCCUUAUUUUAUGCACCCCUCAUUUAUGUGUUAUUAUAUUAUUUCUCUGACCUCCCCUUACCAACCUUAAUGCUUUCAACACCAAUUAAGGGUAUUAAUGCAGAAACUUAAUUUAUUUCAUGAUUUUUUUUUCAAAUCCUAUGGAAUUAUCUGGUUUGUCAGGAACAGCUUCUCAGGACACUACAGGCUCACCACAAACAAAGACAAUGAAGGAUUACGAAUAUGUAAGUACCCAGAAUAUUGUUUGUUUUUCACCAGUUACUAAUAAAGAAAUAAUAAUAAUAAUAAGUAGUUGACUCUGUCCAUUUUACACUUAAACGUAAAACUCUUCAAAAGUGAUGUGGUUCACACUUUCAUUCUACCUGCCCCAAAAUUCUACAUUAUUAUUUUUUUUUGUUAGGUCAAUCAAGAGGUGUUUUUUUAGUAGAUCCCAGUUUUCUCUGGCACCUUACUUUUGGUCUUGGCUGACCAGGAAAUGUAACUUUUGCCCAUAAAAAUCAUAUGCCAGAUAGCCUGGAUUUUACAGGUUCAGAGCACCGGGCUUCCUUCAAUUUUUUCUUUGAGCACAGCCCAGGCCUUGAAUAAUGAUCAUGAUAAUAAUUUGUAAUAAUAAUCAAAACAGUAAUAAUUAUGCUAAAAAUAUUUUUUUAUAAUAAUAAAUUAUUAUUAUUUAUUUGUUUUUUUUUUUUAAUAAUGCAAGCGUCAAUAGAAUGGACGUCAACAAUGAUUCAUAAAACUUCUUGCAAAAGUCAAUCAUUACUUGGAGGAAAUGCUGUUGAGAAUAUUAUAAUUUAGUGGCUAGUGUUCAUUUCCAUGUAGAAAAAAAGAGAAAGAAAAUGUAAAUUAAAAUAGAAAAAGUGAAAGGAAAAAUAAUGUUGCCAUGAAGGUGCCAGGUAUUAAUAGCCAUAUGCAAGAAUUUCAUCCUCUCAUAAAUUUAGAACUUUACAGAACAUUGUCAUAUUAUAGCUCAAGGUUGUUUUCAAUGCUGGUGAAUAUAGACAAAUUUUGUCUCUAUUACUCACCUGUCUGCUUUUAAAAGGAAGUGUAUCAAGUUUGUGUGUUUGCUGUCUUGCUAAGGCAGAUGUCUCAUGUUUCAGCUUUCCUGUGUGUGAAUCCAUCUUGAUAUGCGCAUAUACUCAUGACUUGGCCAUUUUUUCCCUCUCAGCCAGGUUCUUAUAAAGACCUCUUUCACUUAUCAUUGUUUUGUUAAUACGUUCUCCAAUUUGCAAAAAGAAAGUAGAAAAUAUUGAACACUAGAACAUAUACACUAUAUGUACUAUUUUUGCUCCCAAAGUUCAAGAUUGGAGUACAUAUUUCAUUGUAAUUUUAAGCAUGUCAAAAUCCAUGUGGAUUGAGUAUUCAAAGACAAGGCCAGUGUUUUUAAUUCCAAACAAUGGCAAAGCAGCAAAAUGAGGUAUAAACUUCAUUUCAUUUCUGCAACCUUUACUUUAGUGAUGUAACAGCAGGAAAUUUUAAUAUUAACGUAGAGUUUUUGUUUUUAAGUGUUUUAAUUUUGAGGAUCAUUGAAUUGUAAGUAUUUCUGGCCAAUUAAAAUUUGUCUUCUCACUCUUUGGUAUUUUUAAAUUCCAACAGCAAAUUUCAGAACUGAAAAAGGAGAAUUUUGGGCUGAAGCUGAGGAUUUAUUUCCUUGAAGAACAACAGAAUAACAGUGAUAUUCCACAGGAUAUUUUCAAAGCUGUAAGUAUAUACUUUUUGUAAAUAUUUAACAAUAGAGAUGUCUUUUACACUCAAACUGCAAAAGUGGAGUUAUUGAAUUUAAAAAGGCCAAAUUUUCAAGUCCAUUUCUUUGACAAAAUUAAUAUUAUGUGCAUUUCAUUUUAUGUUUCCUAAUUAAUCCACCAACUUUAAAGCCUAGAGCAGGUCUUAGAAGUAGCCACAACAGUAAAGUCAAAAAUAUACUUAAAUAUAAUUAGAUUAACUACCAAAAAUGUAUAUUAAUGUACAAACCUACUGUUAAAGAUCCCCCUAAAUGGAUUGUUAACUUGUGAACCUUACUGGUGUCCAAGAUUUUUGACUGUUAUUUAGCGUGGAAAAAAUGAAUAAGUGAAUUGAAACAUUUCAAUCAAUGAAAGAUAGAUCAUCAUGAUGCAUCAUGUAAUGCGAGCAAUCACUUUUACUGUUAAAGGUCAGUAUAAAUAAUAGCAAGUAUUAUUAUAUACAUUGUUUUUUUAACAUACAUGUAAAGUUGUUAAUUUUUUUAAAUGAUGUUGUUAAAGAACAUAGAACUCAAGGUAACAGUGGAAAAAUUAAAGAAGGAGCUUGUUGAAAGACAGGAAUUGCUUGUCAAGGCCCGGUAAGUAGCUGAGUUUUUUCCCAAGUUUUAAAAUAUAUGCUACAUUAGAAGUAACUUUGAAAUUAAACUCUGGCACAUUCAAACUGAAUGAGAGAGUCUCAAAAGUAAUAAAAAUCUCGCACAUUUGUAUUUUGCUUAAACAAUGUGGUACCAGAACUGUGAAGAGGUCUGUGAAACUGUGUUUGAAAAAUGACCAUUCUUUCUCAAUAGGCCUUUUGCAUUAGUCGAUCAGGUGAUCAACUUUUUGAAAACAUGAAAACAGUUUGCUUUUGAAAAAUCUUGUCAACAGAAACUGAAAGAGCAUACUAAAAUAAGAUAACCUGUAAAUUUUCAGCCGUAUAUUUUAAAAGUAGCGAACGCAAUGGCGGUUGAAAAUUUGAGGGAUUUGCAUGGGAAAGACAAUUCUUGCCACCCAGUCAUGUUUGAGUAGUUUUCCAUACAAACCCUUGUAAAUUUGGAAAUUUUCAAACUGUUAUAAAAUACUUCCUAAAGCAUUAUGGGGCUCAAAUCUCAUUUUUAUUCAUAACAGGCAAUUUGAGUACUUAAAUGCAUAAGGGAAAGACUUAACGGCAGUUCAAAAAUGUCAAGAUUUUACAAGGAUUUGUAUGGAAAAUCAUUCAAGCGUGACUGGGUGGCAAGAGUUGUUUUUCUCAAACAAAUCCUCCUGUUUUUGGGCGGCCAUUGUAGUUGCUCCUUUUGAGAUAUAAGGCUGAAAAUUCACAGUUCACUUAAUAUUAACUUGCUCUUUCAGUUCCUGCUAGAAAAUUUUCCAGAAGCAUUAUAACUAUUUUCAUGUUUACAGAAGGUUGAUCACAUGACCAACUAUUGCAAAUCGCCUAUUAGUGAAUGAUUCCUUUGCUUGGAAGAGUCCAACCCCAGGAAUUUCCAGUUUGGCUUAUAUACUGUCCCACUCCCCCUUGCAAUUUUCAGCUGCUGCCAGCUUUUGUUUCAUAAAGAACCCAAUUAUAUCUGAAGACUUUUCCAAACAAUUUCUGAACUCAUUUUGAGGAGUUCUGAACUUCUCAAGAAAUUCAUAAUGCCCUGUACAGACUUCCAAAAGUGGAUAUUAGUUUUAUUUUUUUACUUAGUUUAAUGAUUUAUAAAAAAAUAGAACUAAAUUAUUAAUGAACUAAGUAAAAAAUAGAACUAAUAUCCACUUUUGGAAGUCUGUACAGGGCAUUUUGAAUUUAGAGAAAUUAUCUCUUUAAGAUGCAUCAGUUAAGACUGUAACAGCUCAAAAUGUUCCUCCAUACAUGAGAAAUAUUGGUCCAUAGCUUUGAGUGGGCAUGGAUGAGAUCGAAGUUUCUGAUGUGCAAACAUGAGAGGCAUGCCUAAAGGUGAUGGUACAUGAGACAACUCGCAAUGACAAUUUUUAGCGCAACACAGCGUUACAACAUUGUCGUUACAUUGCUUCGAAUGGCUGCAACAUUUGAACCCUGUGUUGUACUAAAAAUCCUUGUUGCAAAUCGUCCUGUGUAACAUUACCUUAAUCUGUGAGAGAUGAGAGAUGGUUGGUAUGCAGCAGCUAUGCAUGUGUUCACUAGACCAGAUGGGUGACAUGCUGGAGUAUGAUUAUCACCUACAACUUUGCAGGCAGGUUAUUUCAAGGAUGCAUUUGAGACUGGGUCAGUUUUGGGACAAAUUACAAUGUACACUAUGGCACUGUUUUGUGGGACAAAUUUGGACCUAUUUUCCAGUGCAAUCUUGCAAUGGCAUAUAAUAGAAGGAAUAGAUCUCUCAUAACAGACCCAUAAUGCAACACAACCCCAACCCAGACUCGAAUGCAACCUCAAAAUGACAAAUUAAUGCAGCAACAAAUCCUGCUACUUGAUCAUCAGUCACAUGAAGCUGUAGUAGUAGAAGUAGUCACUGUGGUUGUGGUAGUGGUGGUGGUCGGUAGUGGUAGUGUUAGUGGUAGUGGUCAGUAGUGGUAGUAGUAGUAGCAGUAAUAAUAAUAAUUUAAUAAUUUACCAAUUUAUAUAGCGCGUAUUUACAUGUGCUGAUCAAUAGGGCUUUACAAUCAUAAUUGUUUAAAAGAAAACGAAAAUACAUUACUGUGAGAAUAAAAUAAACUAAGUUACAAACUAUAAAAAUACUUCUUAAAAAGAUAGGUUUUAAGCCGAGAUUUAAACCUGUUAAGCGAUGUUGCUUGACGAAGCUCCACAGGUAGCUCAUUCCAGAGUUUCGGAGCUGCUGCUGAGAAUGAUCUUGCUCCCAAUGUUGUAAGCAUCUUUCCCUUGGGAUGGUCCAAUAAGAGCUUACCAGUAGACCUAAGAUUAUAUAAUGAAUUCGAUUUUAUACUAAUAAGAUCUCUAAGAUAAGUUGGCUCUGGGCCAUAAAUACAUUUGAAAGUCAAAAGUAAAAUCUUAUAGUCAAUACGCAAGUAGUCAUUAAAGUGUUAGUCAUUCUAGCAUUAACACACUAAUUGAAGACACUAUAUUAUAAUAAACAAAUAUACCCUAUUUACAUAUUACAUCUACAACAUAAAUAUUAAAAUCAUCCAUUGCCUGGUGACAUUAAAAAAAUGAUAAAAAAUAAUCUAAAAUCUCUCUCUGUUCACUUGCAGGAAUGCUGUUGAAGCUGUAGCCCAGCACAGUGACAGUGAGAUCAAACAGGUGGGAAAUAAAUUAAAGGCUGGCUUGUAAAUGGAAAAUCUGGGAAAAUAACCUUUUUGGGGGAGCCUAACUGUGCUGACUCUGAAAAAGGUUUGGAUAAAAGAGACACUAUUCUCAGCACUUAUAGUAAGAACUGCUUGAUUAAUUGAUUAAGAGUUCACAAGUUACAUUGCAUGUAUUGUUUUGAAACGAUGAACCGCUUGUUUAACUGGCGAUUUUCAAGGGAAAUCAAACAGAAAUUACUGGACAUAUGGUGAGGAGGUCAGGAGUGAAGUUUAAUCAACAAACAUAGAGCAUUUUAUUGCCUUUCCUUCUUUUGACAUUUAAGUUUAAUUUAUGUUAUAAAACACCUACAUGUAUGUAAUGUACAUGGGUGUAAUUAUGAAAAUAAAUUACCUGUUAGCAAACCUUCCUUUCUUAAAAUAAAAUUUUUUUGUAGCUCACGGAGGAACACAAUGAGGAGUUGAGAGAAAUUCGAGAGGGGUAUGAGAUCAAGAUCAAAGAAAUGGAAAAGGUUUGACACAUACAAAUGUAUGUUCUAGUUUAAAAUCCGUAAUCUUCUACUUUGCCGAAAAAUUGUGACCUGAGUACGUUUAUCUAUUGUCUUCUCUGUUUCGCUAGAAUAGUUUCAUUUGAUUUGUACAGUGCUGUAGUUGUCGUAUUUAAAAAAGUUAUUGAUGUGUUGCUGCUGAUUCUAGGACUUGACUGCUGCAAGACAUGAACUGGAGGACAUGACUGAAAAACUUGUAAGUGAUAAUAACAUUAUUCUAAAGGUUCUUUACCUUUUAAGUGGUAGCAUUAAUUUGCUUCUGUGUUUAAUUGAUGCUUAAGUUAGAGAUGUCAUUCAGAAUGAAUGACAUGAUAAUCUAUUCUGUACCUUGACCAGUGAUUAAAGUUUGCAGUUUUGUAGCAUCCUUCUUCUCUACUGGACUGAAUGUUGCACGGCAUGUUUCCUUUUUUAAUACGUGUAGUUUGCUAUUCUCAUCAUACAGGCAGAAACAGCUAAUCUCAAUCAUCAGUUAAAUGAAAAGCUUUUAGAAAGCACAGACGGCUUCCAUGAAGAUCAACAACAAUUACAGGUGAAACAGAUACAAAAAUUAAAAACAGUUGAUGACAAUACCAUUCAAAGUAUGAAUAUAGUAGCUCUUGGUUCUGUUUUUGAAUCAAAUUGGACAUUUUAUACCCUGCUUGCAUGGUGUUGCUAAUUGUUAGUUGCGUGGUAAUUGGUUGUUUUAUACACCCCAGGGUGUAUAAAGCAAACCAACUACGUGACUGACAAGCGAAGUGAACGACUUCGUAAAUGCCAAUAGCCAUGCAAGAGAGAAACCUCUACUUGCAGGGUAACAUUAAUUUUUAUUAAAGUGUUAUUGGUGUUGGCAUAUAUAGCCAGAGAGGCCAAGUCCCAGAAGUAUGGCUACUGCAUUGCUGUGACACAGCAAGACCUAGGCUGAGACUACGCAGCAAUCCUUUUUUUUUUCAAUGUUGCUUUAAUUAAAAUAGCACUUAAUGAAUCAUGAAUAACAAAAAUAUUUUGAUUUUUUAGGUUGCUUUAAAAGCCACUUUAGAUGAAAAGGACAGGUAAUUCAUUCAAAUCCUCUUAAGUCUUGAUUCUUUUUUUCUUCAUUCAUUCACACAAUUAUCCUCCAUUAUUGUUCUCUUUUCCUCAUUAAUAUACUGUCUCUUUUAAAAGUUGUUACAAAUGUUUCCAUCCAAGGCCUAUUGUGUUUGCAUUAAUUCCAAACUUGCUUUCAAAUCCACAUUGCUAGUUCAUUUUUAUGUGAGCCAACAUGCAGUGGUUAUACGGUAUACAUGUACCUCUUAAACCUCCUCAUUCAGUGAUUUGAUUUGAUUUGUUUCAGGAUGAUAGAUGACUUGAGGGGAUCUCUUACCUCUACCAAGGCAGAAAACAAGGUGUGUAUUAAGUGAAAUCCAUUGAAAAUCACUCUAUUGGCAGCCUCUUAAUGUUAAUGACAGUGCUGUCAACUCUCCCAGAUAAUCCAUGAGACUCCACAUUUUGGACCAUGUCUCCCGGUCUCCAGAUUAGAGUCUGAUAUCUCCCGGAUAAUCGCCGAAGUUGCUACUUCUUGUAGACUCGACUUUCCAACCAUAAAAUUUCAAAUAUUUUGCUUUGUUUGAGCUACUGUUAACGGGGAACGUUUCCUCAUAAAUUUUGGUAUGCCACUAUAGCAAUAAUGUGGCUAAAUAUGAACUGUUUAUAUAUGUACUAUAUACAUCAAUCGGAAUCAACGAGCAUUUUUGGCACAAAUGAUGUCAUUUGUUGUGCGAUAUGAUGUCAUCAACCACUACUUCCCUAUCAAUUCUCAAUAGUUGAUGAUGUGGGGAGUUGACAGCCCUGUAAUGGAGACUUUUUCAUUCUUGUGAAAAACCUUUUUGGCUAUAAAAUCAAUGCUUUUAAUGAUGUAGAUGGUGAUGGUACUAAUGGUGUUAAUAAAGGAAUGUUAAUGGUUUUAUGUUGGUAUUUGCAGUAAUGAUGCUGAUUAUGUUUAUAGCUUUGAUAAUGGCGGUUAAGGUUUGAAAUGAUGACUGUAAUUUGAUGGUUAAUAACUGCAAACUUAAACGCUGCAAUUUUUACCAUAAUUGCAUAUCCUUACACAGGAUUUAAAAGAUAAUCUUGAAAAGCUUAAGGAAAUGUUGGAAAGUCAAGAACAUGAAAUUCCGCAGGUACAAUUGCCUAUUGUUUCCGUUAUCAUUGUGAAAGACUUGAGCACUUCACUGUCUGUUUGUUUAAUUUGUUCGUCUGUUUUUGUAAUUAUUGUUUUCUAUUUCAAUUCAGAAUGCACCUCUGGAAAUCAAUGCAAAAAAGAUCCAAGAAUGUGAAAAGAGGAUCAAACAACUUACUGAUGAACUUGAAACAAGAAAGCAAAAAGUAGAGGUGAGGCUCAGUGAAUAAAAUAUUAAUUCUAUGAAAAAUUGAAUGGUGUUGUAAUAUACGGCUGGAAUAGAAUCCUUUUGUUAAAAGUUUGGUUUUCUAUGCAGGUUAUGUAAUUUCACCCUUACUUGCAUAACUUACAAAAAGACAAACAAAGAGGAAAUUCCUUUAACCCUUUCACGGCCAGAUUGCUUGAUGCAGUUGUAAGGUGACUCUAACUUUUGAGUCUGUGGACCAAAUUCCAUGAUGUGACCAUUCAAAUCAAAGCUCUGUGCCUGUACUUACACUUGGUGCUAUUUGUUUAGUAUGUAGUUCUAACUUUUGAGUCUGUGGACGAAAUCCUACAAUGUGACCAUUCAAAUGAAAGCUCUCUGCCUGUACUUACACAUGGUGCUAUUUGUUUUUCAAAAUUUCACAAAAUAAAAUUUGGAAAUUUGGUCGAAAUUUGCUUUUGGCUAAAUUUGGCGGUGAAAGGGUUAAGAACACCCUUGUGUAAGUUAAUAAUUUGGUUUGAAGAGGACUUUCCGGGGCGCCUGCUUAUUGGACAAAGGUACAUGAGACGUUAACACUGGCCACGGCAACUGAAUGGGACUUUGUUUUGCACCUGACGAGCUUAAGAGGUUUAUUUAUUUCCUUGUACAUAACAGGGGCUGUCAUUGACUUUCAAUGUUCAUUACACGGAUCAAUUUAGGUUUGCUGGGAAACUGCCCACCUACCCCUCCCCUAAGCCAUCAUUUUGCCCUAAGUGAGAGGUAAGUGUUAAUGUUAGCUUAGGGGAGGGGUAGGUGGGCAGUUUCCCAGAAGCAUAAAUUCAGAUCCGAUCACAAAACUUAACUCUAAAUUCAAAUGCAUCCUUUGUAGGUGCAAUUUUAUUUCAAUAUAGGCCGCAUAAACUAUCUACAUUGUGAUGUAUACACUUCUUGCAUAUACAGUCAUGGUUAUUUGAAUAGUUCUUGUUAGCGUAAUAUUAUUGAUCUGAUUUGGUUCUUCAAGGAAUUAAAGGAGAAAACUAAAAAACUGGAUAGAACAAACAGGGUAAGACAUGGUCCUGUUGUUGUCUUUUACUACGUGCAUCAAAAGUCCCUUUACCAGCUUCGUAUGUUAACGUUGUUUUGUUUCAAUGUUUUUGUAUGAUAUUGUCCUUUCUGUUUGUUUCAGGACCUAAGAAAUCAGCUCCAUGAAAAGGAAAGGGAACAGCUUCAUUCCAGAAGUUCAAUGGAUAGUUCUUUGUCACAGGUGUGAAUUGCCAAAAAAGAUCAACUCCUGUAAUGCUUAGUUCCAGAAAUAUUCACCCCCACUAUGGAAGGGAUUUGUUUUAUAACCCCCCUCCCGUGUGGAAGUCCCAAAUUAGCCUCAUACAUUGCUUUACAUUUCUUUAAGACCCUUCCUCCCCCACUAGAAUUUCCAAUAUGGAUAUUUUUUCUGGAAUUACCGUACACGUUAGUAAAUGGGAGUAGCAGCACGAAACAUAACCAUCUGGGCUUGUUAAGACCCAAAGUCUGCCCUCCAAUCGCGCACAUACCAUGCACGGUUUUCGUUAAGACGCGUAUUGUGUGCUUGAUGGAGCUCGAGUAUGUUCAAUGUACUGUGUCACUCAUCGCUUGUUUUUACUUGCACAGAGUCACAGGGAUGGUUCCAGUUCAAGAGAUAGUGAGGUAUGUAAUGCAUCGUCAGCCCUACAUUCUUCGACAAAAAUAGUUGGGACACUUCCAAUGAACGCUGUUUUUCCCUUGUCGCCCGUCUCCUCUAUCUCCCAAUGUUGUUUAUCGCAGUUGAUACAGCAAAUCAUUUACUGCAACUUUAGGAGGGCAGGAAUUCAGUAUUAAAAGUGUCCGAGUGUCCCAACAAUUUAAAAUGAGACCUGUAGAUAGAUUUAAACUUAAAUAAAACUAAUUUUUGAUAUUGUUUAUUGUCACGAAGUACAACGAAAUUGUUUGUCUGGACGAAUAAGAAGUGGCCGUUGUAAAAUAAGCAAAGAUUCAACUGUAAUUAACUCGUCAUUGAGGUUCAUAUUGGUAUUGUUAGCUAAAAGUGAGAUGGAAUUAUUGAUGUUUUUUUGGUACCUCGAAUUUCUUAGCAAUGUGCAGUGGAUGAGAAUGCAGAUAAAGUUAUUGUUAACAUGGAAAAUAGUUUUGUUUAGCAGCAGUCAAUCGAUGUUUUAUUGUGAAUUAACUCCUAGUUACAAAAGCUGUACACCAAAGUUCAGGAUUUGAAUCAAAGUUUGACAGCAACAAGAGAAGCUGCUCAUACUGCUAAAAGGAAGUGGUACCAGGUAUGUAACCUGUGGGCAAGCUAUCAGCUCAAAGAGAUAUGGAUGGGAAGGUUGACCCCUUUUUUCAACCCUUACAAGUUUGAGGAAAACAUACAAUAAUAUUGUCCCAACACUUCUUUUUAUGGUUGUAUUUUACCAUGACUUUCACAGAGCAAAAACGUAAAGAAAACAAAAAGAAAAAAACAAACAAGCAAACAAAUAACUUGAAAAAUAGUUCUCAAUUGAUUUUCGAAAGUAAUUUAGUGAACUCUUUGGUUCGCUUUUUAACAAAUAAUAUCACUUGCUUAUGCUUGUUUUCCCGCGCUUUUCCAUAGACGGUACACUUUGCAGACAGAUAAAGGAGGCCGACUUCACCUUUUAGGAGUAGUUGUUAGCGGUUAAUUUGUCGUGGAAAAAUAUAACAAUUAAAUUCUGUGCACUUUUGUCUUACCAACAUCAAUUUCAAGUGGCUAAAACAUAGUUUAAACCCAGUGAAGUGUUGCUCUUGAACAUAUGUGUAUUUGAAAUACUUCAGGCUUUCGAGGAACACGCUGAAGUUUUGAAAGCAAGAGAUGCCAUGAUAGCUGCUCUACAAAGCUCUUUGAGCGCUAAGGACAUGGAAUUAGAGGUAAUUUACUAAUCUGCUGUUGUCGUAGACCACAUGUGCUGAUAUUAAUUCUUCCUCUAAUCCUAAUUCAGUCGCAGUAUCAACCGCUUUGUUAGUGUAUGAGGGAUGCAGUAAAGCUUUGACUUUCUUGGGUGCUUCCCAUUUACACGAACUAUCUGGUUAGAAAUCCCCUGCAUAAACAUUUAACGAUUAAUAAUAACCUCGCUGGAGAAGGACUUAGUACAAAUUGUGAUCAAAACAGCUGGAGAAACUAAACGCAAAUAGAGAAAUUGAUCGCUUCAAACGACAGCCCACAUUUUCUUAAACUUCCCAAACGGAACUGUGGAAACCAUCUCGGAUUUUUUAACCGGAAUUUCCGUUUUCCCAUAUAAUUGGUAAGUGAUGUUGUUUCACAUGUUAAUACAGGGAUGCCUUUACUAACAACACUUCUGCGGGAACCUCGCUAGUGACCGUUUAAUAGAAGUGUCUGUUUCACACAGGUUUACGCUGGAUACCAGAGACCCUUCAUGCGCGCUUUUCGGCGACCAUUUAUUUCGUGGCUUCGCUGCUCGUGUCCUCGGCCUUUGGCCGAAGAUAUAUCGAUCAGCAGCCGACCCCGAAACAUCUCGCCGAGUGAGAGAACGAAAAACCUCUGGUACCCAGGGUAAUACGUGUACAGGGCCGAGUUGUUCAAAGCUGAGUUAAGAUAACCCAGGGUUAGUGCGAGAUUUGAAUUCAGAUUUGAAAGCUUAAAAAGCAUUUCAGUUUUAAUUCUUUUUGUCUACAAGGUGAUGAUUGGAAGCUCUAAAAAUAGCAGAGAAAAUUAUCCGAGAAAAUGCUUUUGAACAUAAGAAAAACGAACACGGGUUAAAUUUAACCCCGGGUUAAGCACUAAUCGGCCUUCGAACAACUGGGCCCAGGUUUGUUUCGCAAGUAGUAAGGGAAGAAAAAAAUCGGGCUUACUGAACUGGUCGUCCGCUCAAUAGUAGUUGUCAGCUUACCGCAUGGUACAAACUUAGAAAUUUUCUCCAAUUUUCAUUUAGCCCACUGUACUAGGACUAAAGUAUCAAAGUAGUGUUUUUUGUUGCGUUUCAGAAACUAAUACAGUCGAUGUCCGCCAAGGAAAUCGAGCUUCAGAGGUUAAACAAUGGAAAAUCUCUGCUGGAGAAACGACUGGAUGAACUGAUGAAACAAAAAGAGCGGGAACAAGCUGUAAGUCCACAGUGAAAAUGUCCUUAGUAGUCGAGAUGUAUCUUUGCUCCAAGAAAAAUUUUCAUUUCUUUAAUGAUUAAGAUACUCAUAAACUAUUAAUGGAAAUUAUGUGUAGAAGUUACUUUUUUCCCUAUCAGCGAAGUAAUUCUGUUCGUCCUACGUAUGUUGGGCGCUAUCGAAGAGCUUUAUCGGGGAUAAUACGAGCUCACGAUUGCCCAGCUCUUCACAGUUGGUCUUGAUUAGCAAAGUCCAGACGUUGUAAAUGUCAUCGUUCGAAUCCCAAUGUAGCCUGAUUUUUAAUGGCGGAGAGUUUUCCCAGAUCAUUUUGGCGGUAUCGGAUUCGUUUUGCCGUUAGCCUGUGAACAGGCUCUCUGUUUGGGGAAAGGGUGAAAAAAUUGCGAGCAGGGGGAGGGAAAAGGGUGAGAGUUUACAGUCAACUCUCAUUAUAGCGGACACUGUAGGGACCUCUAGUUAGAGCGAUUUUCGUAUGACCUUGAAAUGAAAACGCGCGAAUAAGACAGAAACAACAAACGAACGAAAAUAGAGCGAUUUGAUUGGUUUAUCGAACGGAUACAAACGCGCGUGGCUUUUGGUUGGUUAAGCCAACGCUCGGAUGAAAAAACUUCAUGCCCGAGAACGUCCUAGAAAUCAAUCGAUACUUCGCUUUGACGUCAUACUGCGACACGAUUGACCAAUCGAUCAAUGCCUUCUCCAUAUUAGGGUUUUCUGUUGAGCCGGAAAACGAAGAGUACAUGUUUUGAUCUUUUCAUCCAUUGGCUGAUAAAACAAAUAACUAGCACUUACCGAAACCAUUUGUGAAGGUCAUACGAAAAUCGCUCUAGUGUCCUCAUUAGCGAGAGUCCGUAAUAGCGGGAGUUUAUUUCAGUCAAACUUCUGUAAUUUAGUUUUUUCCGGUAUUUAGCCACCGUCCGUUAUAGCCAGGUGCCAGUAAGGCAAGGGUUGACUGUACAUGCAGAUGCGUGAAUCCGAUUUAAAAUCGCCCCGGUUUCGUUGCAUGUCCGUGGAUUUUGAAUCCGGAAGCUUAAGUGAUUACUAUGUAUCGUAAUGAAUGUAAGCGUCUGCCAAUCCGAAUAUCCCUAAACGUAAUAAGUCUAAAUACAUUGCUGAAUCCGGAAAAAUCUCAACUAGUGUAAACAUAACCUUGUUCUCCUUCCUGUUUUGUUCUAAACAGGAAUUAUUGGAAAAGCAUAAAGCUCUAUCGCAAGAGCACUAUUCCAAGAUGGAUGCCUUAGAAGAAGCUUAUCAGGUAUUUUAUAAAAGUGGAAAUGAAGAUAUGGAGAAUAAAGUGAAACGUGUUUAUAGAUCCCAAACUACGUGCUGAUGCAUUUUUCUGAUAAUGUAGCGAGUAUCUGUAGAGGCACAAGAACAACUUGAGGCAAAAGACAGAAUCAUUCAGAAGUUGGCAGCGAACAAUAAAGAGAAGGACAACUUACUUGCGGUAAACAGUUAUACAACUUCGGUUAUUUCCUGACAUGCUCUUAUUUUAUACUCAUGCAGUGUGGAAGAGGAAGCAAAAUCAGACCAUUUCCGCUUUACUGACCAUUUUAUGAAUUCUGUUAACCCCUUCACCUGUUUGUAAAUGGAUAUUGUUUGGAAAAAAUUGAUAUUGGUCAUUUUUGGGGAGGGCUAUAUAAUUGUGUUGUAACAAUAAGGUUACUAAAACGUUUUAUUUCUGCUUCGGUAUCUUGGCGAUGUUGAAGGGCAAAUGGUAUUUUAACACAAUCCAAAAUUCCAUUUGAUGAACAUUGUUUUCCUCUGCUUGGAUCCUGGAAACAAGUGUACUUAAAUUGUGUAUCAUUACAGUUGUUCCAAAUACUUUCAAUAACAUUCACUGGUUCUUGUCCUUUAGGACUUCCUGCAGGCUUUGAGGGAGUCUGGUGACGACUCAGGCGUAAAGGUAGAGUUUACCGUUUGGUUAACGUUUUAGUUCAACUUAUCUUGUGUGUUUUGCUCACCGGGUGCUGCUUAUUUUCUAGAGCCCAUCUGAUAAUGAGGAAAAUCUCGUGAAGAAACUAACGAAGUACAUGCAAGAAAAGGAUCGUGCACUGCAGGUGAGUGUGAUUCAAUAUGACCAGAUUCCUCUCUAGAAUGGUCCCUAAAGCUACUCUUUGUAAUUGGCGGAAAUUUCGCGCUAUUUUUUCGACCUUGGGAACUAGAGCCAUUACCAGUCAUGACUUAUUCACACUUGUUUUUUUCGUGUUUCGCACCUUGCCUUAUGUCAUUGAAAAAAUUAUUCGCCCCCUCCCACCACCCCCAAAAAACUUCCAGUGCACGUUUAGCACUGCAGGAAACGUGUUUUAACAUUUUAAAGGACUCUUAUGCUAGUCUAACGUAACUGAUAUCCACAGGUUGCAGCUGAAGAAAAGCAGCGUGCGCUUCAAGGCAAAGAAGCUGAACUUCAACAGCUAAGACAAUCCUUGAGGGAACGCGAUAGGCUGAUUGAAAAAAUUAACUCUGCAGUCCUCGAAUCUGAAGAAAACAAUAAAGUAAGUAUGAGGCUGUUUUUUAUUGAUUUCAUGUACUGAAAACAAUGUAUUCCUUGGUGUAAAAAAUGUUAAAGGAUUCAUCACUCCAACACUUUAGCUUAGGAUCAGUCAAAGCAAUACACAUUUGGUAGCGUCAAGAACUCUACCCUGGGUACCAGAAGUUUUUCUCGCGUGCGGCGGGAAUUUUCGGUGUGACACAUCUUCGGCCGUAGGCCGAAUCCACGAGCGGCAAAGCCUGACUGAAACCGGAAACCGCGCUAGAAAAGUCUCUGACACCCAGGGUACAAGGACUCUGAUAUGAAAAGAAAAAAGGCCUCACUUCCGGUUGACGUGCAUCGCUCAAAAGUCUUUAACCCUUUAGGACCCAAGGGUGAUCAAAGUCAAUUUUCCCCAAACAAUGUCAAUAUAUAAUCAAGGGAAAAUGUUGUGAAAAUUAAUAAAAUGAUCACCUGAUGGGAAAAGCUUUAAUCUACAAACAAAUUCUCUCAACUUAUUCUUUAAGGAAAUGUAUGGAGAUCAGUUUGGAGAAUUUGUAUUUGGAUAUUGGGGCUUAGAGGGUUAAGUUCCCUUUUCUUUUUGCAGCUUUUGGAGAGCACAAACAACGAAAAGAAUGGAGCACUACAGAGAAGAGCAGCCUCAUUAGAGGAUCAGCUAAAAGGACAAAUGGUAAAAGAAUCAAGUAGAUCCUUCUUUUAAUUCUCAAGCGUUUUUGAAACUGGUUGUCUGAUUAAAGUCUUACUUAACAGAGCGAUUUCUUUGUGCAGCUGGUUGUAGCAUGUUCCUCGCGGUCCCUAUCACGUUUAAGUUCGUGCUCAAGCGAAAGUUCAACUUCAAGGUCAAAUUCAACUUUAUUUGAGUAAAUAUUUGUAAAUACACAACACAAAGAGACUGGUCUGCAAGCAGUGAUUUGUUAAUCUGGGCGGAACAGUCACACUAAAACAUUACAGUGACAAUGAUUGAUUAAUAUUUACUAAAUUUACAAAAGGAGACUUAAUUACUGGCACAAAUUUUGGUAGUUUACAUCAGAAGCAUAUAAACCUCUGUUUACAUAACUUAAGAUACCAUUACAAGUUUAGUUUCAUUAAGUAAGUUUGAAUGAAGCAACUUAAGUUCUAUUUGUACGUUUUUAGAGCAGAGGUAAUUUGGGAAAUAUCAAUGUAGUCAUCAUGUUUCUUUUAUGUAUCAACAAGGAAAGACUGGAGUUUCGUUUUGAAGUGUUUUUUGGGGAGAUUUUUUUUUUUGAAGUGUUUUUUUAGGAGUUCUUGUCGAGUUGUGAUAAAAGAAAGUGAAAAUCCGUGCGUGAAAAAUCAUUCUUAUCAGGGACUGUUUAGUCAUAGCGACUCUUUCUGUUUUUAUUUCAGGAAGAUUUUAAGACAAAAGAAGCAAGUUUACAGGAGAAGGAAGUAGUGAUUCAGAAACUUAAAAACAAUUUGAGCAACAGGGAAGGAGAAUUAAAGGUUAGAGAAGCUUCAAAUGCUAAGGAUUUUCUUUUGUAUAACUUUUCCUAAAAAUAUGAUAACCCGUUAUUUGGAAUUAACCUUAAAACUACUUUUUGGUGCUGUUGUUUUCCACGGUAGGAAUUAAAAGACUUUGUGAAGAAUGCUCUAAGCAGCCCGCAAGAGGUACCGGUAGUUUAUCGCAAAAUGUUUUUCGUUUCUACAUUCUUGUUGUAUUUCUACUGUGCUGACCGUUUAUUCUUUGACUUUUGUUAAGGACGAGGGGUUAUCUGAUGAAGCGCACAAAGCUCAGGAAAUCUCUGACUUGCUUAAAGAAAAGGAAAAACUUUUAGAGGUAAAGUGUUUUUGUCCUGAACAAGCGACACCUAUUAAGUAAUUUCGUAAAGCCUAAAGCGAGCCCACUGGCUUUUUUCCUGGUUCGGCUGGUUGUGAACGCUCAAUGAAGUACUGAGUGGCUGGUGCGUUGAGUCAUUCAAAGCUUUUCCUCUGUCGUCGUAUCCUGUUUCCUUACAAACUUUGCACCACCAAGGAAGGUUAUAUCGGCAAAUGCUAGAUUGCCAGUUAUCUCUUAUUUUUCCUCUCCAAGUUACUGGAGUAAAAAACAGCGCGCGUAGUAGGGGGAUUUAGCAACGACGACGGUGACGGCAAGGAGAACGCCAAAAAGCAAUAGGUUUGUUAGGAAAAAUAACAACUUUGCAUGUGCAUAACGCUUUUUUAUACUUUUCUUUGCCGUCACCGCAGGACUACGACGCGAAAAUACCUGAUUUCACGCUUUUAUAUGGAGGACAUAAACAAGCGACGACGAAUUUUUUUUUUUUUCUAAACUUGAGUGCGGUUCCCAAGAAAUCAACUCCAGGAAAAUUCGCCUACAUUUGAUCAAUGUUUUCAGCGAAAAUCAAAUGGAUUAAGCGCGACAAUGUUUCAAAAAACGAGAAUGCAUUCUUUUCAAAGUGACGUUUUCUCUGCCGUCGCCGUCAUCGAUGCUAAAACUCCCAAUUAACAUACACCGGUGGGAACGGCGGCGGGGACGGCAACGCGAACGCCUUGCGUUGGAGCGUGCUCGCCAGGAUUCGCUGGGAUAACUCGAGGGAUAGAGAAAAGGUGGACUGCAAACAGUCUUGAAAAAAGCUACCAUGCAGUAGGGUAAUAGCAAAGCGUCCCGGAGGAGGGGCGAUACUUUUAGUUUCUCCUUGCUAUUUACUUCAGUUCCUUCCCACGCAUUCAUGUCUUUACUUUAUGUUUCUCAGAGAGGAUAUGGUCAUGUUUUCAACGACUUCUCUGGUUUGUUUUCAGGAUAUGUUUCAAGAACGUUCUCGAAUGUCAUCUGCUCAUGAAGCUAACACGCAGAGACUGAUGUCAGCGCUAAGAGAUAAGGAGACUGCUUUGAAGGUCAGAAUAGUAGUAACACUGGGCGGAUUUUCUACUUUUUUUUGCAGCGGCUUCAGUUUUGUACGUCUUCCAUACGAUAACUACUGGUUCCCCUCACAGAGGCCAUUAAAUUCACCUCAUCAACUCAGUUGAUCAAACCAAAUUUAUGUCCCCCCUGACCGACGCGGUAUUGCUGUUUCUGAUGGAACAGAUUGAUUCAUACAGAGUCCGACUUAAACCCAUCACAUUUGCAAACAAGGAACUGAAUAUUCAGUGCACUGAGUCAAAUAAUGACUCUCCAUGAUUAGCUGUUAUAGCUAGACUGCUAUUUAUACUGUCAUAUGUGCCACACACCUUGCAGAAUGUUGGAAGCAGUGAUUUUUUAGCUUUGUAGUAUUUUCCAGCUCACAAAAAUACCUAUCCUAGAUCUGUCAAAUAUUCUUUGAAUGAUCACCGUUAAGGAGUUCCAUUACGUCGUUAUGAGUCAGAAUCACACACACAGGUCAAAGAUGAACUUAAUUUCGUCUGCAGAGACGCAGAUCUUUGUUGUUCAAAUUGACCGAGAGAGAUCCUGGAGGAUUGUGACGAUCAUUUUAACAUUUUUGUUGUAUACUGUACCUACAGGAAGCUUCCAAUGACUUAACACGUGCUCAAACAGAGAAGAACGCAACCAUCCAGAAACUACAGCAACUCUUGAGCAGCAAAGAACACGAAGUACAGGUAGAGUUACUAUAAAAUAAACGUUUUGCAAAAUCUGUUAGAACUGUCGCAAAGAUAAGGAAUUGAAGCACGGGUACAGUUUUUGAAAAAUAAAAGCUUAUAAUAGGUCGAGUUUGUGUUAAGUGCGAGUAGUAUGGUGAAGAUGACGAACACUUACAGUUAGAUGUACUAUGGGAAUGAAGAGAAAAGUCGCAUGUGUUCGAUGAUGACAUCCCAGACAAGAUAAACUCCCCGUUUUCAAAAAUAUCCUGAUAUGUGUGGGCGGAGCUUAAGACGUUUGCCUUUGGAAAUAGUCCUUAUGCACGUUUACGUCAGACGAGCACAUUUCACCAUCAAGUCUCGUUUUGAAAUUGUAAUGUUGUAACGUUUUGCGUAAACGAAUUCUCAAGGCGGUAGAGUUGAAAAGAAUACCCCCGCACAAAGAGUGCACAUGCAAAAAGUUUUGUUUACAAAUGAGGCUUGCUAGUCUGGCGUAAUCGUGCGCAAGGACCAUUCCUACGUUGCAAGUUUGGCUACAGUGAAUAACUUUCCUCUUUUUCGCAAAUACUUACAUAGGAUCUUAAUCUUUCAACAGUCAGUCAGGUGAUGUGUAUUUUUUUUGUUUUUGUUUAGGCUCUUGAAAACAGUAAGGCUUGGGCCUCCCAAGAACAUGACAAGCUCGUUAAUAAGCUGAAGGUGGCUGUACGCGACAAGGAUAAAACCAUUGAGGUGAGUUACUAAGUGUACUAAUGACAACUAGUACUGACCUCGGAUAGCUUUAUUAACGAUGUACUGAUAAUACUAUCUUGUAAGGUAAUGUUAAGUGAGAAAUUCUUUAAAAAUGUUAACAUCGCGCAGAAUGCCUGAACAUCAUGAAUAACUUGUAAUCACAAAAGCUGCCAAACUGAAUGUGGCUUGCUUUGAAAAGCCCAGAAUUAGAAGAGAAAGAGCCCAGAUUGGUCAAGUAGGGCCAGUAAAACACGCUUUUCUUAUUUUCAGAAGUUGUUAUCUAAACGUUCAUGCACGGCUAUGAUGUAUCUAUACUUUUAACGUAAAAUGAAGAAAUUUAAAGGAGAACAAACACUCUCUGGUUUCUUCAAAUGUGCCUGGUAAAGGACGAACUGAUAUCACAAGAGUACCUCAUUUUUCGUUUUGUUUCUAAGGGCUUAGUGGACAGCGGAAAACAGAAAGAUAAAAUGCUGAAAGCACUGCAGGUUAGUUUGAGUCUUUUUUUUCCAGUGAAUGUCAAAAAAUAUAAUUUCAAAACAAUGUUUUAGAGUUGAAACCAACCUGAGCCGCGUAAUGAACAACGUCACUGAAAAGCAUAUCUCGACAGAGUGCAAGGAACUCGUCCGGGGCUACCGACACUCUGAGAUGCAUCUUAAGAACUAUUCCCGACUCGUGACCUUUCGGGUUGGCCGAGUAGCCUCUAGAAAGUUGGCUGCACUGGAAUCACUUAACCAAAAGCUGAAACAGUGUGUACCAUGAACUUUGUGAAGAGCUCCACGGGAAAGUGUUCUUAAAGUAAACAACUUUCUUCUUAAUGGUCACAAUUGAGGAGUACAAACAAUGAAGUCGGCAGCAUUUACGUUUGGUACUUCCGAAAGAUCAGGCGUCGAUUUUUCAAACGUUGGACAGCGCUAUCCCCCGGAUAAAUCACUCUCCACUGGAUAAUAAUUAGGGAAAGCAAGUGCGCUAUCAUCUGGAUAGUGAUUUAUUCAGUGGAUAGCAUUAUCCACCUUUUUGAAAAGCUGGGGCCUGACAAGCAAGUCUUGCUAGCUAGUCUGAUAACACCAGUGUCCAGUCGAGUAACUACCUUGAUUUUUGUUGUUGUUGUUGUCGUUGUCACGGUUGCAAUUCUGUUGCAAUCCUUUUGCCACUCAAUUUACUUUAAAACGUUUAUUUGUCUCUUUUUUAGGAUUCUGUGAAAAGUCCGUCCAAAUUUCCAAGCCCCGCUGAAGUGGUAAAAAAUACUUUUAACUUCAUGAUGAACUUGAGUUAAAAAUGGAUCGUCUGGACUAAUGUUUUUUUAGGGAGCGUACAAUUUUUAACAGUGGUUUCCCUCUCGGCUUCCGAAAUCCUCAGUUCUUCGUGAUAAUGAAUAGUCUGCGUGCCAGGCUUUGAAAGGGAGCAAUACCAUGUUAUCGUGGAUUCAUAGUUUCUUUUCUUUUGUUCGAAUCUUUUUCUUAUAUAUCACCAUAUUUACGAACAACAGCACACAAAAUUUAAACCAAGGAUAGAAUUGAAAUUAUGACGUGCAUAAAGUGUUUUUUAGUGAAAUCAAGUAAACGAACUUCCAGUGGUCUGUUAUGAAGGUCAAACUGUAGGAUAUUUUCUUUCGGAAACAAGUCUGGUUGACGCGAAGAGAAUGCCUUGCAUACAUAGUCUAAUUUACGAGUACAAUACGCGGAGUAGUGCCAUGGGUUGUGACCAAAAGUUGUUUGUAUACUGAUCAUGCGUCAAGUGGUCGCUUACCAGAGGUUAAAAAAAAGCAAAUUAUAAAACCGCCAUCCAAGAAGUGGUCACCGGAGUCACUUAUUAGAGAUGUUCGUUUACAGCACUUGACUUUAACUGGAAAAAUCUUUCUUUUGGGUGGGUGGUCGGUUUUGGGAGGUGGUCGCGUAGUGAUGUUGGUCUGUAACGAAUUUUUUGGCUCUGCUGCAUCUUUCCUUGAAAAGAAAGUCGUACUACAUAUGUUUAUCUUUCAGGCGGAACUCAGAAGAAACAUCGGUUUACUGCAAGCUGAACUACAAAAGAAAGACGGUAUGUUAGCUGUUCACCGAGAAUUACACUUAGCUUACAUUUUGUAAUGUGAUGUGACAAAUGGUGAGGGAAACGAUCGGCUAACAGUGAAACUCGCGUGUUGUAGCCGGAAGGCUUCUUUGCACACCGCACUCUUUUGUUUUGGUUCUGUACUUGUGUGCUGGUGAGAGUUUAUUAACCGCUUUGAGUUUUGGACAGCGAUCAACGCAGAUGGCAGAUGAUGGUCACCCUACUAGUCUUGCUUUCUUGUUAUUUUGGUUGACAAACUACUAUAUAUAUUUUUUAUGACACGUUAUUUGUAAUUUACAUUACAAAUAAACCUUGUUGUUGUUGUUCACAAGGAAAACAGCUAAACAACAGAUUAUAGAGACAUGGUGCGUUAAACAAACAGACUACAAUGUUUCCCUAAUGUACUGAUACAGCAUGGCACACUCUUUUUUUAUUUUUGUCCAACUCCCUUAGAAUUCUCAAGUUUAUUUCACCACUAAUAAUGGUUGGUAUAAUAUGCUGUAAUUUUCUCAGAGUCCUUAAAGAAGCUGGAAUCAGACUACAGAAACAACUUGAGGAAACUACAGGGCGAAGAUGAGCAGGUUAAUCUUAAAUUUCCCAUACAUUUUAUUAUUUGAUGAACGCCUGACUAAAAUGAUAAGAGAGAUUAGAAAAUGGCCAGUAACGUGGGCGUUUACGUUACGUUACGUUCGCUGUUUACGCAACGUGUUUCGCCAAGCUUCCAGAACUUUGCAUAAAGAAAUCACGAAAUUCAUGGCAAGCGUGGGAAUAAAUGAAAACAGUCAAGGUACAGGGAGAGAUGUCAGUGUUUAGCGCAAAACGGUAGCUUGAGUCCUCUGUGAGUGUCUGUCAUAAUUGGUUUGGUCGGUGAUUAUUGCUAUAGUUUCAAAUGUUAUGUAAUCGAUAAAAAGGUGGAGUAGCCUGAACUAGCCUGCACGUUAAAGAAUGUCGUGGCAUUUUACUUUUUCAGAUUGCUGGAACUGAUUUGGUUCGUUUAUGUUUCAUUAACUGUAAUUUUGUUUUAAAUUUUUAGGUUUCGUUAAGGUCUUUUAAUGAAGUCGUUUGUUUCUUUUUCAGAAGAAGAUGAAAUUCGAGAAUCUCCAGCAGGAAAUACAAACAAGAGAUGCACUUAUGAAACAAGCUCAGUGCGUAUAAAUUUGUUAUCCAGCGUAACUAAGUUGCUUAAUCUGUUCAUUCUAAAGGCCUUUCUCUCCUAACUCCUCUCCCCUCAAAACUGGGAGUUGCAGAUACGGAGGAUUGGGGGAAAAUAACAGCCGCUCUCAGCCUCCGUUAAUUCCAAUUUUUUCUCGAGGAGGAAGGCAGUUGGUAGCGUGAAUCAACUCCAUUCAAUUUACGAAAUGAUUAAUUUCCCAUUUCAAGUUGAAUAUACGUAUAUACUGUAUACCUAUCUUGGGAAAAGGCUUUCGACCCAAGAAUUUGUUUAAUGUUAUAAUGGCACCCGUCAUAUUUCGUUUCAGGGCCGCUAAUGAAAAUCUUCGUUCAAGAUUACAGAAUCUGCCCAACUUAGAGGUAUCCAUUGUCCUUGUAUUUAAUUAGUCUCUUGUUCAUACGUGUUCCUAAGAACUACGUUGUAAUGAUUUUUUUUAAUCGACAAUUCAUCAAAAAGUAAGGAUUAAUUUGGCUUGGCAUAGCUUUGUACUCUGGUGUAAGUAUAACUAUGCGUUUCUUUUUCUCCUCCUUUUUUUCAGGAGCUUAAACAGAAGUUUGCUGAACAAACGCAGGUAAAUAAACGUCUUCCAUUACUUUCAUGUUUUUUUGAACUAGUUCUCAAGAGUGUUUUACUUUCCUUCUGGCAUCAGGCUUUGGCGGAAGCACAAAAAAGUAAAGAACAAGCGCUUGUAGAAUCGGUGAGUUAAAUAAUUACAUUUACGUUCUGUAAACCAAUUUUAUCACGUUGACCAAUCACAACAGUCUUAGACAGACCAAUGAACCAAUCAGAACGAAGGGAUAUGUAUAGCUGGCGCCCAGCGCGCAAAAACACAUUUGACAAGCCAGCGUGGGUUACUCUCGCCAGUGGCCUCCUCCUCUCUCUUUCUUUCUCUCUUUGUAUCUUUGUAGCCGGAGAAUAUUACCUCAGACCAAGAACUCGUACGUCUACCUUUGAAAGGGCUAUCCUUCGUAGGGAAUACCACCCUUUAUAUUUCUUAGUUGUCGUGCUUAUACUACUACAUGAGGAAUUUCUGCAAUUUGAUUGGCUUAGCGCAGGGUAACUGAAAACCUGUUUUUGAAAAUCCAAAGAAAUAAUCAAAUAAUAGCAUGAUGUGGUGGUCCUUUGGCAUAAAUACCACUCGUGAUAUUUCAAAAUUCUUUUUUAAAAUUUCGUGAAAUAUGUAUAUUUUGUGUUUUUUUAUGCAAAAUGAUAAAAAAUUACAAUAAACAAUAAAGGGGAACUGAAAACUAUUUUUCUGCGAAGAAAUAAUCAAAGGUGGUCCUAUACACAAGUCGCUUCUUUUUUAAAAUUUAAUAUGUAUAUUUUGUGUUUUUUGGCAAAAUGAUAAUAAAACAAUAAACAAUAAAGGAAGGUGGAUUUGGUUGAAGAGUUGAGAGUUGAGAUAAAUGUGAGUGUGUAGAUUUGGGAGGGGGGAAGUAAUUAUUUUCUAUUUUGUUUUUUGGUUUAUCAAAAUUAAUCUGUUUGCAGGCUGCACUUAAGAAAUCAAACUUGGAGUUAGAAUCAGAGCUGAUGGUUAAAUUGAACAACAUUGAAAUGAUGAACGAGGCUGCUGAGAUGAAGGAUAAAAUUAUUAAGGUGACCAUGGAGAUAAAAGUACCUUAUCUACACCCAGUAAUGCGAUGGUACUUAAACAUUCUAGCUUCCUAGUUUUGUGAAAUCGGCGCCCAUCGCAGUCUAGUUUUCUCGUGUUGAGGCUCAAGUGGCUCUCUAAACCUUUGGAUUCUGAAGACGAAAAUGUAUUAAACCGUUUGUAAAUUUACUCUUCCCAUUCCAUGUAAGUGACAAGGUGAUAUGACCCCUUUUCUAGUAUAAUAUGAGAAGACAAAAUGCAAUUGAUCACUGCCUAACGUAAAUAUCCAGUGAGGCAGUUAACUGUUGUUAAAUGAGGCAGGGUGUUAAACACAGUAAGCUCAACGUUACAAGUUCCAGAUCAAUUUAGGUUCCUGGGGAAUUGCCCACCCACCCCUCCCCUAAGCCAUCAUUUUGCCCUAAGUGAGAAGGGGUUGGUGGGCAGUUUCCUAGACACCUAAAUUGAUCCUAAGUUCCCUGAAGGCCCCAACUCUUCUAUGGUAACCGUUUUUGUAAAGAACGAAAGCUCAAAUGUUAAGCACUGAACUUUAGUUUGUUCUUUACAGGAGAUGCAAGACGAUCAACAGAAGCAGCUGAAGGACAUGAAAGAAAAUAUUGGUUAUUACCAGAAAAAAGCUCAAGAACUUGAGGUAAGAUGCAAAGAACGGUAUAAUACCUAUAUGUGCACCUUGUAUGGUAUUAAUGUAUACUGUCAUGUUAUCAAUAUCGAAUCGAUAUCUCCAAUAUCGUCUCAACAGUAUCCGCCUUCUACCUCCUUGUUAUUUUAUUUUACAUUAGUUUGUUACAGUUACAAUUAAAUGUUAGUGUCGCCAGGAGUAUUAUUAUACAUGGGCGCUUAACAGUUGCGAAUUUUGAGUAGAAUUUUUCAAAGCAUGCAAGAAUUGUUGUUGGAAAAUACUUCCAUCAGCUGAAGUUUAAUAAUAGUGGUUCUGUUCUGUGAUGUUUUACAUUUGCGGAUGGUAAAGAGACAAAAAUUGGUGUAGGUAGCUAAGUGAUUGGAUGGCCCUCUUGUUACCGUUGCGGGAGUCUGUUGAGUUGGCAUCAACCUCAUCUUUAAUGCCGUUUGAUGCCGCAAAUGAUGUUAAGUAACUAGUGGUUUUAUAUGUGGUUGUUUUAAGAGUUAUUACUCUUUGGGACUUUUGCUAAUUUUCAAAUCGAUCGUUACAGUCCUCAUGUAAUUUGCUGAAACAGCAACUUGCGGAGACGGAAGAUCUGAAAAAUUCCGUAGAACAACAGCUGGAAAGCUACAAGAGAAGACUUGAUAAUCAGGUACAUUUCCUUUUAAAUUCUAAUGUUAAGUGUGUCCCAAUUUACUAUAUUAACUAUAAACCAGCUAAAAAGUCACAUUUUCCUUUAGUUUACAUGGAAUUAAUAACCCAUUGUGUUUUAAAAAAGUUUUUCCGUUGAAAUGACAGGCACAAAAAAUUGACAAAAAAUGAUGGAAAAUAUGAAAUAUAUGAUACUGAAAGAGACGGAUUGAAAGGCUUGAAUCUUUCACCAGGUCAAUAGCGGUAAUGUUGUUACCAGAAAUCCAGUUUGAUUGACGUACUUUCUUUAAAAUUUACUUUACUGUGGCCAGGCUUCUUACAGAGAUGAGGAAGUCAACUUACUCCGCCAGGAAGUAAACAGUCUUAAAGCCAGGCUGCAGAUGACUGGGUCACCUCGCCGGGAGAGUCCCGGAGUGGGGGUUGGGACUGAAGAGCAGGUAGGCUUGCGUGAUAAAAAUGUUCCUUGCCGGUAUUUUUCUCAUAGAAUUCCUUCUUGUAAGGUUUUGUCCAAAAUUAAACACAUGUGUUUAUUUUGCAACUCCUUUGUUUUCUUCGGAUCUUUUUGCUUCUCAAGCAGGUGAAAAAGUGUGAGGGAAGGGAGAAAAGGGUUGGGCAUUCUUUUUAUGGGGUCAUCUCUUUUACAACUGAAGGUUUAUUUAAUUAGGUUCUCUUAUUUGUAGCCAUCAAAAGUGCCUCCAUAGCGGAUUUGUGUUGCUUCUUCUCCUUUUAAUUGUUUGAAAUGAACGUUUUGAAACCAAAACCUUCGUAAUAUUCCUGAUUUCCCUUAAGCCUCUGUUUUAAAACAACAACCAAUGUGAAGCAUUUCUUUUGAAAUGUUAUUCCAGAAGGUUUUACACGUGUCCUCAUUUUGAAAGUGAGGUUCCUUGGAACUUGGAAAUAGCCUAAACCAAUCACAAGAGUUCCAGGUGAACCAAUGAACCAGUACUCAUUGGAAGUGUGUGUAGCCGACGCUAAGCGCGGGAAAAUCACGUUUGGUUUGAGUUUCAAUCUUGAUUGGUUGAGAAAGUCGCGUGAGAUUUUUUAGCCAAUCACAAUUGUUUAAUUUAUAACCGUUGUGUCUUGUUAGAAUUCUGGUGUUCUUCAACUACAGCAGUUACUGGAAGCUCAGGUCUCCGAGACAAAACGUCUCAACGACAUCCUGGAUAAUGAGCGUGUGUUGUACAGCAGCUUGAUGCAGGUGGCUCAGGGCGCACAGCAUGCUGGGCAAACCAGGUGCAGUCACUACGAUGAUGUAAAAUACAUUGAUGAUAUUUUAAAACUAGCGACAAGUGCGAUGACGGGAAAACCGCUUUCUCCUUUUCACACAUCGUCUACAAUCUUAUUUUCUGUUGUGACGUGUACUCAUAAUGCCUCAUUUUAAUGCGCAGCUCGAUAAUUUACAAAUCAGCACAAGUCGUCAGGUAAAACACCACUGAAGAUUUGAGCGGCCAAACUUAAAUAAGGCUCUUUCUUCUUGAAACGGUACAGGCAGACGUCAUUAAAUUAGAAACUCCACUGGCCGCAUUUAACUAUACCACCUUAACUUUUUUUCACUGCUUUUACAUCAUCCUAAAGAGUUAAUGUUGUAAUUUUUCUUUAAGACACGACAUGAAAAUCAACGACGAAAUGCAGGCACUGAAAUCUCUUCGCGCAAAGUUUGAAGAAGGAAUCCGCCAGAAUGACUCACUUAGAGCUCAACUUCACGAUAAACUUGCUUCCGCGAAAAUUGCAAGCCCACUUGCAGCAUCUCCUUAUGACGCCGCAUAUCAAAGGGAAAUCCAAGAACUGAAGUCGAGGCUUGAUGACAGUGAACGCUGGAAUGCAUCAUUACAGGCUCGUUUAAACGAGUUACAAUCGCGGCAUAGUGGCGUGGGGCGAGACAACCUGGACACAAGGUCGAGUUCACUGUCAAAUGUUCAGAAACUUGAACAGGUAAGAAAAGCGUGCGUAGUUCGAGUCUGCUUUCAUUCUGAAUUCUCGAAAGGCCUACGUCGUUAUUUUAAGUCUCUUUUUAUGUGCUGACGUAGUGCAAGCAAUAACUCUUAUAAUUUCGGUCGCAGCAGCAUUUUGGGUUUCCAGGCCAAAAAAAUUUAAAAAAUAAACGCAAAGUCUAAUUACUAAACUGAAUUUGGUAGUGCAAAUUUCAAACUUAACAUCCGAACGAAUGUACUUUCCAUUUGCGUUUGUGUACCUGCCUCAUCUUUGAACGUAAACAUGGUUAGAUCCAGUCUAUCUCUGUGAGUAUAGGUUUUAAAACAUAAAAAGACAAGUAAAAAAGAAAUGUAUGGAGCCGUUCAAGAGGUGCCUGUGGUGAUUUGACUGGCGCAAUUGGAACACUCCAAUUUCGAGUUUCACAUUUUGGACUUCUCUUUAUCGCUCGCGCAGACUGUCUUUGCUUUGUAAAUAAUAUAAAAAAAGAACUUUGUUUUUGCUGUUUAGGAAGCUGUGUUAGUUUGUACUGAUCUCGUUUAUUUCUAACGUACUAUGUUUGGUUUUCUUAGCAAAUGGAAAAACUAAAGGAACAACUCAAACAGAGCGGUCAGCUUAAUAUCAGGCUGAGGAAUCAACUAAAUGAAAUGGAUGCUUUAAAUACGCAGACACUGACAGAUAAAGACAACAGAAUUAGAGAAUUAACUGAACAAGUAGACACUCUACAAACACAGUUGGAAAACACAACGCGAACAUUUAGCGAGCUGGAGAAAAGGCUUACUGACGCGAACACUAAAUUAGAAUUUUACGCUUCGAGUUUGAACGGCAGUAACUACGACGCACUUCUUGAACGGGAACAAGAGUUGGAACUGAUGAAACAAGAGCUGGACGAGUUAAGGCGCCUUCAAGGCAAUAAUAACCGUAUUGCCUCAGAUAUGGGGGCACAGACUUCUCCGUCUAGGGAUUGGGCACAAGCGUCCAUUGAAAAACUUCGGGAACUGGAACAGAAAUUAGAAGAGAGUCGUCAAACGAAUGAACAGUAUAAGAAUAUUUUGACUGAGAAGGAGAUGGAAUUUCGUCAGUUGAAGGAACAGGUAAGUAGAAAGAUUAUACAUGUUGUUUAGUUCUUUUAAAAAGCUUUGUCGCUUUUGUUUAUUUUGGAGCCAAGUUUUGUUUUUCUAAUUUCAUCUCAGCUUGUCUGUCCUGUUCUCGAGUUGUGAAUCUUUCAGUGACUAGCAUUUGCAGUGAAAUUCAACUGUGAUAUCACGACACAACGAAAAUGAUUUCCAAGUAUUUCUGUCCGGAUCUUCGCCAGAGGAACUCACAAUGCUAUAUUUUUUGACCAAAAGUCCUGAUUUGUAUAUAUUUCUACCAGCCCCGCCAAACAAACUUUCAUUCAACUGCGCUGUAGCCACUGAUUUACGCAAUGUAUAAUUGCAUCCACUGGAAGAAUUACCUUUUAGCAGUCAUUGUUAACAGUUUGUGAGUAAAUAAACUCAACGCGUUGGUCGCUAUGCAGCAAGAGUCCGUCACUCGUUGAUCCUACAAAAUAAUUCACAUAAAUCACACUUACUUGGUCUGCUUCGGGUUACCGAGUUUGUUUGGAAUUUGGCGUCAUUUUUGAGAAUAAAAAUUAGUGGGGAAAAAAACAACAACAACAACUUGAUGUCGCCAUUUCGUCAUUGUCAAGUGAUAAAAUAUUAUUAAUAAAGAAGCAGAAGACUAAGCGAGUGUCCAUCCGCACAAAACAGUUUGAAUGUUUAGAAAUUAAACGUAUUGAUUGUUUUAUUUUGUCACCACCUCACACCGUAUAUAACAAGUCAGUUCGAAUUUUAAUUUUGUCAUUUGAUAAUGAUGUCAAGGCGACAUCGAAACCUUUUUUUUUUUUUUGCUAAUUUGCAUUCUCAAAUGCGUAACUAAAUUUAAUCAAAAUUCAGUUAUUUUUGUCGUAAUGACAAUUUCGGGGUUUUAACUUUAAUCGAAAUCCAUGUUUGGUGUAGGAUGUUUUAUAUUUGACGUACUUUCAACGCAAAGUUUCAUUUAGAUUUCCUUAAUUUUGUAUGCGCAUUUGCAUUUUUCGAUAUUAUUGUUCUUGCUUUGUUUGGUUUUAGCACAGUAUGUCUAAGAUUGCUUUAACGUAAUUAACACGCUUGUUGUUCUUGUGACAAGUUUUAAAACAAAGACAACAAGACUGUCUCGAUUCAAUUGUAUGAUUUUUGUUCUUUUCUCAGUCCGUAUCAAAAAUGCUAAAUAGAAGAAAUAGCAAUGAAUGUUAUUGAUGCAAAAACAAAUGAACGCUAACAAGGAAGUGUGGACAAAAAUCGGAAUUCUCUUUUUGCCUCUAUUUUAAAAACCGUUUCAGCGUUGUUAGGCAUUAUGUCUUUGAAAACUGACUUAUUUACAUCAGUCGAAAAUGUAAGGCCAGCUGUGUCCACACGAGUUCGUUUAAGACUUCAAACCGGUUCAAACUUCUGCUUUAUCACUGCUCACAACAGAACGAUAUCUAUCGGGUUACAAGAUCGCUUUUCUCGUUUCCGUAUAGACCAAAACGUAUGUGCGAACGUUCAAAGCUGCAAAUAAUUUUUCUUUCUUCAAAGGACAUAUGUCCGGAAAAUCAACUAUUUUGUGGGACAUAAAAUCAAUCAAGGACGCAUCAGGUGUCUUUAGAGAAAAUUGCACAUAAUAGACGCCCGGUAUGCAGGUAUUCUGAUUACUGUCUUAUUUUCACUGCCGUGUCAAUGUGUACCACGUUUUCCUUGAGUUUUCGUUUACCAUUUACCAUAUUUACUCUGAAGUAGGAAGUUUCACAUCAGUUAUAUCUAUACAGUGAAACCCCGCCUUACAACCACCUCGGUAAUUCUCUAUUUUCCAAUUGCCCAUAAUACACUCUGUUUGCCCCCCAAAUUCUGCAUAAACCAUUGUUUUUAAAUGCUCCUGGGAGUAUUGCAUUUUCCCAAGAGCAUUUUAAGACAGUAAGUUAUGCAAAAUUUGGGGGGUAAACAGAGUGUAUUAUGGGCAAUUGGAAAAUAGUCAAUACGGUCACCUCGUUAUUACGGCCACUUUUGUGGGGCCGCCUGUCAAAAACCGCCAUACAUUUUCUUUUAAAAAAAAACCCUUGUUAAUACGGCCAAAUUUUUUUGGUCCAUUGGUGACCGUAUUAACGGGGUUCCACUGUACAAGAAUUAUAUUGGACAGUUUUUAUCUGCUUGUUUUUUAGGUAUUUUCACACUAUAACGGAAGGGUUUUGCGCUGCCACGAAAACCAUACCAGAUUGCUAGGUUUUCUGUUCACACAUAAAAACGGUGAUUUCGGCGCGAUUUCUGUAACGGAGCGACGCUGCACCGAGCCGUGCCGGUCUUAAAAGUGGGGCGCACAUAACGGAUAGGUUCUGUACCUCACUUUGGAACAGUGUGAUUAGGUAUUCGGAUUAACGGAAGUAAAUGACCGGGAGCGAGGACUAGAAUCCACUAAGACAGUAGUAAAUAUUCAGGAGUGAGGACUGGGAUUUAGUUCACCAUACCCUCUCGACCAACCGCUCCCAAUCAUGAUUUCUUUUCGUCAGCUUAGCCAGCCCUUGAAAUGCAUAUUAUGGUUUACUAAUCAAAUAUGAUUAAGUGAUAAUUAAACCGUUUUGUUUCAUAGGAGGCAGCAAGGGCGAAACAGAUACCUGAGGCAAAAUCACGCGAAAUGACAGAACUUCAGAAACUUCGUAAGGAGUAUGAAUUAGGAAUUAAAACAAAUGAAGAAUUAAAAAGACUUUUGGAGAGCGAACGGGACAAACUCCACGACAGGUCACGAUCAUCUGAUGGAAUGUUUGAACUACGACUGCAGCUCGACGAGUCUUUGCAGCGCAAUGAUGAACUUCAACGACAGUUGAACGAAAGUGCUCGAUCCGAGGACGAAGUUAACCGACUGCGGAACGAACUUCUGAAUGCGACGCAAAUGAAUGAUUCGCUGGGUUCGCGUAUUCGAGAGAUGAACGAGUCCAUCUCAAAGAUGAAGGGCGUAAGAACAGAGGCUAUGAAGUUACAAAAAGAGUUACAAGACGCUCGGCGUUUGAAUAAAACGCUGACAGAUCAGCUAAAGGAGACGAGAAAAUCAGCGGAGGAUGUGUCAAGACUACAGCGCGAUCUAAGAGAGGCGAAAAUGAUGAAUGAACAACUAGGAAAACAAUUGGCGGAUCUUCUCAGUCAUUCAGCAACGAUGAAAAACGAGAUUGAAAAGUAAGAAUUGUUUGUUUCGUUUUGCUUUUUGCUUUGCUGUUAUUGACACUGGGGCAGAGGUAAUUUGUCGUAAAGAUCAGUUGCCUGACUGUAGUGUGGUCAAAAUUGUACUAACAUUGAAUAGCAAGUAUCUUUAGUCUAACCACCCCACCCCCCCCUCCCACAGUCCUGCGGAAAAUGUCAUUGCAUUCCCUUGAUGAAAAGAGCUUGGGAAAAUAUGACUUAUAAACCACAGUCAUUAUUAAAAAUAAUUGUUCAAGUAUACUGCCAUUAGCUUAAGUAAUCAACAGGUGGAAAUGUGUCAACUCAUAACCAUUUCCUUCAAAGCCAUCUUCAAGCGAAAGACCUGUUUUAGAGCAGUGUCCACUAGUAUAUGCAUUUGAGUGUCAGUUCUCCAUUUCACACUGCAAUAAUACUCCUUGUUUACCCUAAUCAGUCAAAGUGACCCCCCAAGUUUUCCGGACCAAACCUCUCUGAUUUUAUAUUGUGCAAAUACGAAACUGAUUGAAAACCAUUCCCUUAGCAACACACAGUUUUCGUUCCCACUCGAUUUUGCGUUAACAGGCUACCACAGACGGUAAUAUCUCCCACACAGAUUUUGUAUCUGUAUGGAAGGCUAGGUUCCGUGCAAGGAAAGUAGUGUCCGAUAGCCCGUUGCUAGUGGAUUUUGCUAUCGGGCUAGUGAAUUCUGUUUUUAACUUUUCCGACGGGCAAGUGAUGUUUUUUGAGGAAUUCAAAUAACAGAAGAACUGUGAAAUCAAUUCUGCUAGGCUGGUCAAAACGCUUUUGUGGGCUAGUUGAAAUGACGUCUGGGAUAGUAAAUGCUAGCUUCAGCUUGCCCGAUUGGCAAGCUAUAAAAAUAAUUUUCUUUGCACCCUGCGUAUGUGAUAAAUUGUGCUUUUAUUAUUUAGAUUACAACACGAACUUGAGGAGAAGGAUAAAGUACUCGAAACUUUGGAGCUCAGACUUCAGUCCAAAGGGGAGAUGCAGUCAGUAGCUUUGUCACCAAUCUCUUUCAAGUCAUCCACCAGUCCCUCAGCGUCCAGACGAUAUGUAGAAACACAAACUAGUCCUGGAUUACACGCUAAGAGCCCAUUACACGUAAGUCUGCCUUUCGAUCCCAGACACUCAUCUCUUCGAGUCUUGCAGCAAGGAACAUAAGAGAGUAUCAAUUUAGGUUUCUGGGAAACUACCCACCUACCCCUCCCCUAAGCCAUCAUUUUGCCCUAAGUGAGAAGUAGGUGUUAAUAUUAGCUUAGGGGAGAGGUAGGUGGGCAGUUUCCUAGCAACCUAAAUUGACCCGUGGCAAGGCUGCUGCCUAAGAAAAAUUUUAGGGAGCCCUUCGGGCUCCUAAAGUUUAAAGUUAGGAGCCCGAGCCACAUUGUUAGGAGCCCAGUUUGAAAUCCAUGUAUUGUUUUUCCAAGAUCAUUACAUAGGUUAUAGAGGUUCUUGCACACUUUAAUAAGAAUUCGCCGGGCCUAAUAAAUAACACGUAAACAAGAAUUAACCGAAUUAUUUACUUUCAUUUAUUAAUUUAUUCAAUUAACUUCCACAUCUGUUGUGUUCAAUGUGACCUAGAAGAGCCUUCAAAGAAUUUUCUAAAAUGUAACAAUUAAACUGCUUCUUACCUUUCUUAUACACAUUCAUGAGCCGGAAAAAUAUUUGAGGGGCAAAUAUUUGUUUGUCCAGUCGAUAGCACGCAAGAUAGCUUCCCAUUCUCGCCACAAAAAAGUUAUCAAAUCGACGAAAACCCAAGCAAACGAUGAACUGCACGAAUGUCAACAUAGGCAACAAACAGCCCAUAAUUUUGCUAUUCCAUAUUUGGAAGUCAAAUCUCAGACCCAGUCUUCAACUGCCAUCCGGACUCGGAAACGAUGGCUUCGUUCGUUUCGACAAAGCUUCACAGUUGAACACGUUAGGUUUACAUAAUUUACGGUUUAUUUGUGGAAAUUUUAUACUGCCUAAUCGCAUCAUCGCUAACCAUAUCAACAGUUCCACUGUUUAAAGUCCUACUCCAGCUAAAGGAAUAUAAUGUACAAGGAGGUUAAGUCUAAUGCCGUGUGUUAAGUCAGGCGCCCGCGCGGGCUCCUUGUACCGAAAUUUGGUCGCCCAUGCUCUUACCUUGGGCGCCUCUGGCGACCGGGCGCCCGUUAGGCAGCAGCCUUGCGUGGAAGCUCUCCUAACGGACCCUCUCGUAAGCGGACAGCUCUACUUACAGCCGCCUUCACAAAACCCCGUUUUACUCACCUCCCAUGCAAACUCUGUAUUUUUACAUUCCCCUAAGCGGCCAGCUCCAGUUAUGGACAUCUUUUUUCGCGUCCCGAGGGUGUCCCGAGGGUGUCCGCUCACGGGAGCUUCCAUUGUAGUAAAUUUAUUCUUUCUGAAAAUUUUUGCGUGUGAAAAAAUUUCCUCGCAACCACUAUUGGUAGUUUGAGUCUAGAACUCGGUUUAUUUCAGGCAGAAAAAAAUUAGUUUUGAUUUACCGCUACCUAGCAACGUUGGUUACAUCGUGCUCGGUAUGCUACUGUUAUCUUCUUUUUGUAACAAGAAACUCCUCAGUCACAUAAAUGUACAGUCAACUGUCGCUCUAAGACGGAAGAUAGCUUUUAAAUGGCUGAACCAAUUACGAUGAACGAAUGUGGUUGACUGCCCCAAUUACGGAUAUAAAAGCAUCGGAUCAUCAUCUCCAAGAAAUUUUCAGUUUCCGAAUUUUUUUUUACUAUUAGAUGAUACAAUUAACCUGCGCCACAGACAACACCAAACCUCCAGAUAAGUCCGUCCACGAGCCAGCGCCGAAAUCCUUGUUCUUGGGCCCCCACCUGUGUAUCAGUGUUUGAGUAUGCGCCAUAAUUGGCCUGUUGUCAUUGUCCAUUGGGGGCCCAGAAGAAGGAUCUAGGCGCUUCUUCGCAGACCUUACUGGUCGGGCUUAGAGUAAGUCUGCGACACAGGCAAGGUACAAUAUACUCAAUGUGUUAAAAAGAAAGAAUCAAUUUAAAUUUCUCCUUGAGUUAGCUCUUCCAGUUACCCCUUUAUUUUAUUAGGUUUCGAUUUCAUCGUCACCGGAAGCGACAGAAAAGCUUCACCAGAUGAACAGAAUGCUCCUUGGGGAGAACCAGCUGCUGAGGAGUAAACUAAAAGACACAGAAAAACUGAACGAUACUCUAAGGAACGAAAACAAUAUGUUCUCUAGACUGCACAACCAGUCGACACAAGACACCGGUCACCAAUCAACAGACGACUUGUUGGCCGGAUUUGUGGCUGAAAUGAGAGAAUUGCGCCUGCGUCUAGAGGACAGUAUUCGUACCAAUGACGCGUUGCGGGCUCAGCUGGAGAAGCGGUUGUUGUCUGAGGGGGGUGGGGAGGCGGAAGGUACUGGAAGUGGCCCUGAUAGGAUUAUUCUCAUUCGGGAAAAUGACACGCUGCGGACUGAAAUUUUGGAAAAAGAUCGCGUUAAUGAGAAGUUACGGAGAACCAUCGAGGGAUUAAAGCAAGAGAAAACCAGGUGAGCAAGAAAGGUCGAUCACUGUCUUAAAAACUAUACCAAAGUAAUUUGGCCAAUCACCGUCAAGCGUGAAUAAUCCGCAGUCGACCAAUCAGAAUUCAAAGACAGAACGUGUUACCAUUGCUAAAAAGAGCAAAAGAAUAGCAGGAGAACUUGUAGUGUGAUGUGUUAAGUGUUUCUGAUUGGCCACUGCUUGAAAUGUAAUUCGCCACGUUAGAAACGAGAGGGAAACUGGGCCGAGUUAACUUUUUUGCGCAAAGACUCCUGGGACUGUUACUAGGGACUGGAAAAAAAAUUGGCCAAUAGCUGACCGGCACGUCACCAGUAACCAUCCCAGAAACAAUUGCGGGACGAAUUUCGGCUCCAGAUCCCUUCUCGUUCACUUUCAGAGACUGCCACUGAUGCCUGGGACCUGAACAUCUUCGUCUAGUUGAGGCAUCUAUGUUGGUGUAUCGUCAUGAUCUUAAUACCUUUGUCAUUUUUCCUCUCUUCAGAGACCAGGAACAAAUAGAUUUGCUCCGUCAACAAUUGGAGGAAAGUACCAAGGUAUCAGAAAACCUCAGAAGGGAACUGAACGUUUACGAGAAGCUCUAUAAACUGUCUGUUCAAGGCAGGAAUAGGGAAGUGCAAACAGAAGGUAUGUUUUGUUGUUCUGUUUGUGUUAAAAAGAGCCACUUCAUGGUUUCUGCCACUUGAAAGUUUGUCAUCUCUUAUCCAUGUUAAUCUUCUCUAUCUUAAAUCCACCUCUUGCUUUCCAAUGCCGAAAACGACUUGCCGGGGACGAUUACGAUUCCAAGUAACGAUUCCAAGUUUACUCUGUGAGUUUGCAACAGUUUGAGUCCGCUGGAAAUCAACCAAGUUCAAUGCAACGUCAUGAAAAUUUAAAUGCAACCUUUUUUGUGUAUGUGUGUCGUAAGAUUUCAGCUGUGCGUACCAAAUAUGCCUUAUAGGCUGUAAUCAUGUAACCCAUAUGUAGAAAAAAUCUCCUUUACAAAAAUAGUCUGGUCCACAUUUUGGAUUCACCCUUUUUAUGCCAGUGUAACAGCUUUACUCGUGAAAUCAGGGUGGUUCAAUUGUGAUCGUUCACAAGCUUAUGGCCAGGCUCUGCCUCCUUGUUGCUGUAAUAUUUACGGUACAUUUCUGCGUAUUAAAUUGUCUUUGGAGGUGAAAAAUUUGUCAUCCUAUUUGUAGGACAAAGUUACGGUAGUGAAGGACCGCGAAGCCCUAACAGCGAAUUUCAGCAAGACUCCUUGUCGCUACUGUUAGCUGAAAUCCGAAGCCUUAGAGUGCAGCUUGAAAAAAGCAUUCAGACCAACAAUGCACUGCGGCUCAAACUCGAGGAGCAGCUUGCACGACCUCUUGGUUCACCGUCCCAGUCACCAAGCAGAUCGCAAGUCACAGUUAUUCGACAACUGAACUUCUCAGAGGGUAGGGAUGGGGACGAUACUGGAUCUGUAAGCUCCGUUAGAGGUGAGCACGGACGAGCAAGGCUUCUUCAUUGUUGUUUGUAAUGAAUCAAAAGCGGUUUCCUUCCCUGAAAACCUAACUCUUUUUUAUGCAAAUUUGGUGGAACAAAUUUGCAGUUUUUUCACCACGUAGUUGCGAACGGAAGUGAAACCCUUUUCUUUUUGUUACUUAAAAUAUUGUGGGCUUCAGGUAUGUCAUGUACCAAAAACGGCGACGAAACAUGUAUUAAACGCCGUGGCGUAAACUGUCCAGGUACACUUGAUUAUACUUGAUUUUCACCAACUAAGCUUGCCAACUGUUAUCCUUUUCUACAGAAUUAGACAAUGCCAGUUCAUCCGGUGAAGAUCAAGGAGUCGUGAAUCUACUUCUACAGAAAUUGAACGCAAUCAAUAAAUUCGCUACCGAUGUUUACAACAACAUUGCGUCGAAUACUCAGGUGAUUUGUGUCACUUUUAACAAACUGCUUAGGUAUAAAUCUAUGCAGUCAUUAAAGAGAAGCGUGAAAAAUAGUGUUGGCCAUGUUUAGGUUGCAUUUGAGACUCGGUCGGUGCUGUGUUGAGUUCAGUUGUUCUAUGGGUUUGUUUAGGGGAAGGAUUUUAAUAACUAUGCUCGCAGUUAGCCUGCGUCUCAGACGUAAUUUAACCUCGGUUAGUAACGUCUGCGAAGCAACACUGAUAUCCUUGUUCUGGGCCCCCAAUGGACUCAACGAAUUACCGGAAGUGCAGUCAAAUUUCUUUUCAUCUUGAUUGGCAAAUCUUUAAUAGCUUUUUUAACGGGCCAAUCAUGGCGCGCACUAAAAUCCUGGUACACAGGUGGAGAACGAGGCCCAGAAAAAGGAUUUCGGCGCUGUUUCGCAGACGGACUUAAACAGGGUUUAGUUCCGUCUGCGGUGCAGGCAACCAAAAAAGCGAUGGCGCCUCCCCGAAACAGUCCGAUAGUGCAAUUUGACACAACACCGACCCAGUCUCUUGCGCAGCCUCAAAAAUGACCUUAUUCACUAUACCCGCCAUCUUUGCGCGCGCUUUAGGAUUGAUGGGAUAAAUGAAAUCGGUCACGUGGUAUUUCAGGGGCCAAACGAGUGAAAAAAAUUGCCAAUGCAAGUAAUGGCGGUAGAGUUUGUUUAUUCUUUCAAAACGAUACGAAACUUGUAGACUUGCAAAGUGUACAGCUCUAGUUUCGACAAGGGCCAGGGCUUCUGUAAGGGUGUUCGGCGGGAAAGAAAAUGUGCUGUGAUCCGUAGGUGGGGGCUUUGAUUACUGAAAUUUAGUUUGGGGUGCCUUGCCUUACUGAAUCUCUCUUAGCGAGGCCACAUCACAUAUCAUUCCAGUCUCCACGGAAUUUCAGUUGUUCUGUCUUUUAUUCCAUCCAUUCUCUGCGUUUGCGGAUUAUUUUCAAUCGUGUUCUUAAUUACUGUUUUUGGUUGAAUUUUGAGAACGCUUUUUUAUUUACUAUACUUUGUCCUAUUUUUUACUUUCGUUCAGACUAAUAGCCUGUCACAUGUGGAAAAUAUUUUAAGAAUUGUGUUGGAAUGUAAAACGCUGCUGAACGAACUUCAAGCCAGUUCUUUUAAGCCUGCAUCCGGGGAACCUGAAGGAGAGGUAAAUAAUACGCAGCUUUAUUCUUAGCCGGAUAAUAUGAAGGCCCACGAAAAAUAUUAUGCGAUAAUCCCCCGAAGAGAAAGUGAAUAAUUGUGGGUAUUUACCGAGACACAAAGUGUCGGUAUAUUUCUUGCUCUGUGUACCGCCCUUGGAUAAAAAAUUUGGAGAUGUAUGUAUAUUUUUGGUAAAUGAAAGACGUCGCUUGGUAAGAACUUUUUAAGUUUUAAUUGGCGUCGCUUUCUUGGUACCUGUUGUUACCAAGAAAAUUACAAUUUCCGAGUCGUCUUCUGAAACUGGUGCGAAACAAGACGCCAUUUUGACUUCCGUCCCAAGAGAGUGGAUAGCCAAGGAUAGACGGCCGAGUUAUGGUGGACAAUCAAAACACGCGAAAUUUAUUACCCAACUAUACCUUUCCCUCGACGUACAUGACGUCUUUGCUAUUUUCUCCUGUAGAAUAAAAGUCUCAAGCUUGAGAUUGCAAAGUUAAAACGUCGACUUCUGAUACAAGAAGAUUUAAUUAAAAGAGCUUGUGAAAGGCUUGAGGUAUGUUGUUUGUCUGUGAAUCUUUCUACUAUGAAGUACCAUAUUCAACUCUGUGCAGUAAAGAAUGUUAAAACACGAAAUUGGGAAUGGGAAAGGAGGCUUUUUUGCUUUGCGUUUAUAAUUAACAAUUAAUACCUGUUAAGCUCUCCUCCUCAAAAUUACUCCCAAAAUGCCCUUCCUCAAGUCUCAAUUUGCAAUAUCGUACAGCAAGAAACAGUAUUUACCUUAACUGUUAACUUAUCUCUAACCAUACUACGCAAAGAAAAUCGAGUUCAAAUUUAAAAUAUAACAAAAAAGACACUCUCUUCGUCUUUCUUCAUCUCGCCUUUGAGUUUUAGUUGGCCAGCCUUUUCUUAUUUCUUUUGCGUUCUUUCCUUCUCCACUGUGACUUUGUUGUAUCUAAAAACGCUAUGGAAUACUCUAAAAUCCUUAUAUACUGGUUUAAAAAGCACCAUAAACUUUCUAUAGCCAAGUCUGUCGCUCUAUUGGCCGUUUUUGAGGUUGAGAUUGGGUCUGUGUUGUGUCGAAAUGCAUUAUGGGACUGUUUUGGAGGAUGAAUUUCCACCCAGUUUCCUACGCAACCUCCUAACAGCCAAUAAAAGAAGCAAUAGCAUCCCGAAACAAUCCCAUUGUGCAAUUCGACACUACACCGACCCAGCCCACACUCGGAGCCUCUCAGGCCAGUAGCCCUCGUUCGAUGUAUUAAAAUUCUAACAGGACUCCGAGGCUUUCUGGUCAUUUUUCUAUAUUUGGUGUGGUUUACUUUGUGCUCAAGUCUCUUCUGGGAAUUGCGAGACAAUGGAGUCGUGAAAAAUUUGCCAUUUUGACCCCAAUGCCUCUAAGUCUUGUUAGAAUUUUUGAUAUAUCGAACGUGGACUAUUGUAGAAAGACAAUCAUAGAAAGGUAUUUUUUCAUGUGGAUAAAAUCCUAUACACAAAAUAUUUUUUAAACGUCUCUUGAGUUACCUUAUAAAAUCUAAAUUGUAGCUCAGCCAACUCUUUUGUCAAGGGAAUAAUUCUGUGCAAAUACGCCAGUGUGUCAACACGACACCACGACUGCUAUGACAAUCUGAUCACGCGCCUUUAUAGGUGUAGUUACUUUGGUUUCCUUCUUAAGAUCUUCUGCCUCGCCUUAUUUUCUAUUCACCCUUCAUCUGUCUUCUUGAUAUUCUUUCUCUUUGUCUAGCCUUCUAACUCAAAGACCCAGCUGCCUUGGUUGUGUUCACGGUAAACAUCUUCAUUGAAAUAACACGAUUAAUCAUGUUUAACCACCUGAACCCAUUUAACUGUCUCAGUGAUUAACAUUACUUUUAAACCAUAGUUUCUAGUUAAACUACUGAAAUGGGCUUGUCAGUGUGUAACUAGUGAUUGACAUAGAAUUAAACGCUUUUUUAACAAACUGUUCAAUGUCGUAACCUGACUAACUUUAACCAAUAACCAGACAACGUUGUCAGAAACAGUAAAACCAGUUUUGGUGAAAGUUCUUUCUAGUCCAAGUUUGAGAAUAUAUUUGUCCUCAACACUGCAUGGUGGGGAAUUAUGCGGAAUUAAAGGGCAGAGAGCUUACAGAGCUUGCAAUAACGAACAAAACCUCUGAGUCAGUACUGUUGCCAAAACUUUCUCGUUGAAUGCCUGGACCAUCUUUGGUGUCUUUCAAAAUUUUUUCUUUUCUUUCCUUCAAUUUCCGUCUUUGAAAAGUGUUACAUAACAUUCUAGAUCUUGAGCUCUUUAUUCUGGGCAAACUACGACCGUCAGCAAAGCGGAUCAAGAAGUGAAUAAUCGCCGCGAUUGAUCCUUUUUUAAUUUGGGAUUCUUUUAAUUUUUGUUCUGGGGCCUGUUUCUCGAAAUCCCCGGUAACUUUUCGGGCCCGGAAAGCUGUUUUGUGUUUGUUGUGUUUGCAUUCAAGAUCAAAGUUUUAAUCAUUUUGAAAAUAAUACAAUGAAACUAUCAAUUAACGAAACAAAAUAGACUGGUUUGUGAGCUAGGAACUGUGCUACUAUUUAACAUUUUUUGAUUUUAAAACUUGCCUUCGGGCCAGAAAAGUUUCCGGGUCUUUCGAGAAACAAGCCCAUUUUUGCAAUGCAACGGGUCACUCCUUCUCCCUUUCUCUCUCUUUGAUCUUGAUCUUGUUCUAUGUUGUGAACUUUUCUGAAACUUUCAUGGCUACUUUGCUUAAAUUGGGAUUUUCUCCUUCUUCAGGGGACAAACAAAGUCAAGGAGAACGUUCGGGCGGAAAUAUGCGAGCAGUGUAAGUAUUGUAUUCAACGGUGAGAACCGCGUCGAUGAUUUGUCAUUAGUGCAACAAAAGAAAAAAUAUAUCAGUUGCCGUGUUUGUACUAUCCAUGCAUAAACUGUACCGCUAUAAAUUAAACUAACCUAAAUUAAAGCAGCAAACUUGGGUAACCUACAAAAAGAUUUAAAGGACCGUAAAAUUUCUAAUCAAAGUACUCGUUUAGUAAGUUCACUCUAGGUUGAAGACUAUAUAAUAUUAACCUUGAUGCGAAGAAAUGAUGCAAGUAUAAAUCUGAAAACUGGACUAAAACAAAUUAAACAAACUUCGUUAAAAACGUUCUUUUUUAAAAAAUUAGGCAAUAAAAAUGAUAAAUUUCAUUUCUAGUUACAAGCUUCUCAAACAAAUAGAUAAUGAAAUGAAGAUGGUGUGAACUGCGGAAAUACAAAUUUAAAUGAAGAUAUGAUCGUCGCAGUGCUAAUUGCAAUUUAAGCAAUUGUAAAUUAACGCGAAAAAAUGUUAAUAUUAUGGCAUUCGGAUACAGCUUGUUCCAACUUGAAAUGAGUUACUUUAUUGUCCUGUUCUGUCUCUACCCUGGAGCCGAGUUUCUCUCUCACGCCUGCUUGACUUCCAAGGACUAAAUCCUCUAUCCAAGCUGAAGCAUACAAUCCUGCAUGCUAGUGGUCUUGUCUUUUAUUGUCAUUUUGUCACAAGCAAUAUAAAUUUAGAUUGAAUUGCCGUAAAUGUCCGAAAAUAAGCCCCGGGGCUUAUAUUUUUCAAAGGCCCUUUUGGAGGGGCUUAUCUAGGGGCGGAAAUUUGCGUUUCAAAAUCAGUUGAGCUAGCCCUAUUGUUGGAAGUAAAAUUACCGUUUUUCCUUUGUUUUACCUUGUAUUUGAGGGCAAUUUUCCGAGUACAAGCCCCCGGGGGGCUUAUGUUUGGAGGGGCUAUUUAACGGAGGGUUUUUUCCGUUACCGGUUUGGGGGGCUCAUACAUAGAGGGGCUUAUUUUUGGAAUUUUACGGUGCUUUGAAUGGAAGUGUUGAUUUUAAAAAAACUGCGCUGAUAACUUCCAAGAUAGAACGUCCGCAUUAACGAGUGUCCGUGUUAAGCGGGUUGAAUUUGGACAAAAUUAAGGGCUUAAUUCCCAGGGUCCAAGAAAAGCGUCCGUAAUUACGAGGUGGCCGUAUUAAGCGGAAUUCGACUGAGGGUGAAGAGAAAGAACUAGUCCCUGCUGAUUUCAUCUAGAUUAAAGAGAAUUACUGUAGUUGACGAUUUUUUUGUUGUUGUUUCUCAUCAGUAUCCCGCUCGUACAAAGUACUAUCCGGUGCCAGAAAAGAGCUAGAGGUGCGUAAGGUAUGUAACUCAAACUGGUUAUUUUGUGCUUUAAAAACUGACCUGCAGAUAUAAAAUACAUACACCUUAUUCGAUGGUUUAGCAUAUAAUACGUGCAGAUAUUUUGCGAGUUGCGUACGAGCAAUGAGCAAAAUGUCCGCUCGUAUUAUAUGCUAAACCAUCGAAUAAGAGGUUUAUUAUUCCACUGCAAAACAAAAUUAUCUGGCAAUUGGCUUCUAUUUUUUGGUAAGAGUAUUCAGAGACAUCCUGAUUCUGUCUGUGAGAAUGACGUUAACAAUUAGCAAAAUGUUCGCGCGUAUUAUAUGCCAAACCAUUGAAUGAGGGGUUAAUUAUUUUACUGCAAAAGAAAAAUGGUAUUUUGGCUUCUAUUUUCUAAUGAGAGUAUCCAAAACAUCCUGAUUCUGUCAGCCACAGUUGCUCCUUUUGCAUCCGCCGGUAUUCACCCUGUUGUAAACCGGUUAAACCAGGACACGACGGUGUAUUACGGCCUCGUAUUUUGCUUGUUCUCUUGACCUUAUAUGGUAAAAUGACAUAAUAUUGGAAUAAUAAAGUCCAAUAAUCGAUAGCUGCCGUGGCCAUUUUGAAUUUUAAAUACGCGGUCAAUGGGUACGAGGUCUGGAAUUGAAUUCCUCGGGAACCAACAAGCGACACGAGAGAUGGAAUUUUGGACUUGAUUAAAUAUACGAUUUUAGACCUCCUCCCACCAUUGAUGGUAGGACCCUAUGUUUAAAAUUAAAAUGGCCGCUACAAGUGCGCAUCCAUCAAUUAAGAAUUAAGGUUUGUUAAUUCCUUUUGUAAAUCUAAUCGGACACGAGGGCCCCUUUGACUGCCCUCCAGAAAGGCUUUCUCUUUUUCACCUGGCAGACUUUGUGAAAGAACGAAAAUGUACAAAACAGCAAGUUAUACACACGUUAUUUGUCAUUCUAAUUAUGGUCACUUCCUUUUUUACAGGAUCGUGUGCGAUCAAGGAAAGACAAAUGAACUGACUGUAAGAAAUACUAAACAGCCUCUAAAAUUUAUUUAUAUGUAAACUGACGUGUCAGUCUUCAGCCUGUGAGGGAGCGAAGGGUGGUCAACGUCGUUCCCAGGGUCUCUGGGGAGCCAGACACUGGGAACGAGGCUGGGAGAUGGCUAUGGAAAUCUUUAAAUAGCGUCAGAUAAAUAGAAAGUAAAAAAUUAAUGCGAAUUGCUACAAUUUUAUUUUUCAAAUGUAAUAAUUAUUUUUGUACGAAAAUUUUUGCCGCGUGAAGGCUACCGUGUUGAUGCAUAAUAAAAAGAAUGCUGAAAUAAGCCAUUUUACAGUUUUGUUCUAAGUCUCUUGGCUUUGAGCCUCGUUUUGAUUGAAAACCUCAGUGCAAUUAAAAUGUUAAUCAUAACUAUAACAAAUUCUCAGCGCAGCGAAAUUUCGUAUCUCCACGCGGUCAUGUAAUAUCCUCUAUAUAUUUCUCUGUGUGUAGAUAAUGGUACCAACAUUUAGAAAAUACACAAAAACUGGUUGACUCUUACGCAAGCCAAGCAAUGGGCAGUCCAAUUCUAAGGGUUUUUUUCCUACCAUUCCACAUGACUGCUCCCCGUAGCUAAAAGCCCGCUCAGCAGCUUCAGUACGUGGCCUAGGUACAAAAAAUAUUGUUCGAGGUGCGUCGUACAUUGAAGGAAUGAACCCUGGAGGACCUGGAGGUUGGUUUAAACAUGUUCUCUAAACCCUCAGGAUAUAGGUUAUUCAGAGAUUUGAAAACACUUAUUGCGAGCUGCUUAGAGCGUCUUUGCAAGCGUCUUUAUAUUUGACUGGCCUGGUCUUAAAUUUACAGAGACAUGUAUUUUUGAAGAAAGCUCGUUAUCUCAAAAAAAGGAUAGCAUGUUAGAUUUUUAAUCUACGACUGUUAAGCUUUUAGAAAAUGUACAGUUUGUUAGGGUUAUUAUUAAAGCUAGAAGCGCUAGCUCGAUCCGCGCGAAGAAUUUACAGAGACAUGUAUUUUUGAAGAAAGCUCGUUAUCUCAAAAAAAAGAUAGCAUGUUAGAUUUUUAAUCUACGACUGUUAAGCUUUUAGAAAAUGUACAGUUUCUUAGGGUUAUUAUUAAAGCUAGAAGCGCUAGCUCGAUCCGCGCGAAGACUAUUCUGAAGGUGGGGUGAUACCUUAAUUUGGGAAGUGAUGACUCCAUCGUUUUGGCAAUGAACUUAGAGGGAUUAUGGGAAACUAAUUAGAGUGAUUAAUAAAAAUAUUAGGGAUGGUUCGUCUUCAAUAAUUAUAGUAAUCACACCUUUUCUUUGAGAAUGGAUAGUUGACCAAGGCGAAAUGUCUAAUGGUAAGAAAAGGCCGUUUCCACAAUGACGUGAUGACCAGAAUCCUUCAGGAUUUUGUUUUCUUGUGCAAAUUUUAAAUUUGAAGGGAAAAACGAAAAGGAUUGUGGUCAUAGAAGUAAAAAAAUGACACUAUCAUGCAAAUGGCCUUCUCAAAAAAUGCCAAUUUAAAGCGAGGCUAAGUGCGAAGCCAAUGAUAUGAAAAUUGAUUUUAUUUUUAUUCUCAUG